GUUGAAGGCAAGGAGGGCAGGAGCGAGACGCAAUUCCUGGCAAGGGCGAGCUCGCAACUAGUUCAAGCUGAGCUGCUUCUCCGAUUCCAGCCGAGUCCAGGGGCGGCCGGGCGGAAAAACCUCCGAUCAUAAGACGCCUAGGAGGAAAGUCCCGGGCUCGCAGGCAGUUUUGCGGGCGGGGCGGGGGGGAAGAUGCUGGCGAGCUGCGCAGCAAAAUAACAACACAACCACCCCGUUUACCCAAUUUCCCAUUCACAACGGAGUAAAUACUUCCUCCUCUGCCCAUCGCGCAUUUUUAUUUUAUUUUAUUAUUUGCGGCGUGCCACCAAUUGGGCUGCUUCCAGUCUCUGGUGCUAAAGUUUCAGACCGCUUAGAGCCAUGGGGAAUGGGAUGAACAAGGUAAAAAAACGCUGCUUAUUCUGUUUUGUUUCUGGGUUUUUUGUUGUUUUUUAAAAAAAUGCGUUCGCGCGCGAGGUUUCAGAAACGAUCCAGUGAAGAAACAAAUAGAGAGGAUUUCCCCCCACCCCAAACUAAGUCACCCACUCGAUGCUUGUUUUGAUCCGUGGGAAAUAGGGCGUUUAAAAGCGACGCUUCCUUUAAGGGGAACUUUCUGGAUACUGAAUGGCAACAAGCGACUGCUUUUGUGGUGGUGGUGGUGGUGGGUGGCUGGCAAACGAAGGCGCUUGAAGAAAUGGGAGGCUGGGUUUGCCCCGUCUCUGCUCCCCCCCCUCCGGGGAGGGCGAGUGCCGUCCGCACGUGCAUUUCGACCUCCCCCCCCCCGUUGUUUACUCGGAAGUAAGCUGCAGCGAGGUCAAUGUCUGAGACUUGAGGCUGCAAGUUUAUUUGCUGCUGGGGAGGGGAGGGUAAGGUGUCAGCGGGACUUCCUUUUGGGCACACGCAUCAUCAUGUGCGUAGGCUGGUUUUGUGAGCCUGUGUAGGACAGAAGCCUUACACAGUUGGGCAAGCUCGUGUCUUGCCUCUCCGUCCCCAAUAGUGGGGAAAGCAAACGCCCCAUAAUUCACGCGGCUGGAUCUGCGCCAACCUUGCCACGCAACAACCUCCUCCUCCACCACCACCACCACCGCACAUAGUGUGCUGUUUUCACGGCUCGUUUCCUGGAGGCGCAUUUUGUCUUUUGCAUAGGCAGGCGGAAACGCUCCGGUUAGUCGAAGAACUUGCAGCUGGGUUCCUCCUUGGCCAGCUCGUGCAUGCUCUUUAAAUCGCUAGAGGAGCCUCUUGCAGUCGCCUUCUCCUUUGGCCAUAAGAAUGGUGGUGUUAGCUUUAUAGAAUCAUAGCAUUGUAUUGCUGGAAAGAUCAUCCCGUCCAACCCCCUGCAAUGCAGGAAUGGACUCGCAUUUGGCCAGUGGUCAGGCCUGAUGGAAGCUGGAGGGUCACAGAUUCCCCAUCCUUGGUUUAUAUUAAAAAUAAAUGAAAAGAAGAGAUCCUGGGCUUCUUGCACAUUUCCACAGGGGCUGGUGGUUUGCAGGUGUGUGCAUCCCAGCUGCUCCCACUGAUACGGAUCGUGUUGGAAGUUGGUGGCGUUCAGUGUGUGAUGGCUUGGCGCUGCUACCCAUGGCUUCCUGAUGCCACAUUGUACCAAGGAGUGAUGCCCGUAUUGCAAAGUGGGAGGCUGACAAAAGGAAGCCGGAUAUUUUCAACGUGGGGGAAGAGGAAAGAAGCAGAACACUUUGGCCAGACUUGGUUAUGUCUGCCUGACAAGAAGUUGGAUGAUAUGCUUCAUGCCCACCUCAUGAUACACUGUGAUGUCUCUCUUAAUAAAAAGGAGGACACAGGAAGCUGCCUUAUAUCAGGAGCUCAGUUGGUCGAGUAGGAGGCUCUUAAUCUCGGGGUCAUGGGUUUGAGCCUCAUGCUGGGCAAAAGAUUCCUGCAUUGCUAGAUGACACUUGUGGCCCCUUCCAACGCUACAAUUCUAUGAUUCUAAGUCAGAUCAUCGGUCCACCCAGCUUAGUAUUAUCUACACCAGCCUUUCUCAGCCUUGGGUUCCCAGAUGUUCUUGAACUGCAACUCCCACCAUCUCUGACCAUUGGCCAUGUUGGCUAGGAAUGGUGGGAGUUGUAGUCCAGCAACAUCUAGGGCCCCAAAGGCAGUGGCUUUCCAGUGUUCCUGACAUGAAUAUAUCCCGGCCCUUUCUGGAGAUACUGGGGUUUGAAUUUGGGGCUGUUUCUGUACAAAGCAUAUUCUCUACUACUCUGCUGGGGUUACUUAGAACAUCAUGGAAGUGGAAGUCCUAUCCAUCACAAUGAAGUGUCCGUGUAAGAUGGUUUAGGGUUCUAAUCCACUUACUAUUAUUUAAGGUACUUGGAGAUGGCCUUUAAUGCAGCUUACAUAAAAGGCUUCCUUCGCAUAGAUUGAUAGGAUCCUCUGGCCAAGUGUGUGGGCGGGGCUAAGUAGGAAAGGUGGGCGUGUCCAUGAAGAGUCCCACCCACAUUGUACUUUGAUUUGCCAGGCUAGAUCUUGGCCCCAACAGCAGCAGCCAAGUUUGGCUGUAGCUGGGGUCAUAAGUGUGCAAUUAGGAGAGGAAGUGGCUGCUGAGUGAGUGGGCUUGUGAGCUGCUUUUGGCCACCUUUUUCAUCCGUAAUUACCGUGAUGGGGCUGUAAUGACUUAUCGCAAGAAGCUCAGAGGCUAACUGCAAAGCCACGCACCCCUGGAGAUGACCAGGCCUGUUGGUAUCAAUGCCCUUAGUUGGUAAAUGGUGUGUACCCUUUUCCCGUAACCAUGUAUGGUGUAGGCAAGAGAAAUCGGCCAGCAGUGGAUUACUUGAAUUUUUCCAAAAACACCGCAGCCCUUUGUUCGUAAGCCAGGCAGGCUUACUCGCUUCCUUAAUGUUUCUGACAAAAGGCAACCCCCAGAGAUUGCUGACAGCUGCUGUUGCCACAAUUGGAUCAUCUGGCUGUUGUUUGCUCCUGCCCAUUGCCUGACCCGUCUAUAAUGCUGCGCUCAGUCGCUCGCCUGCUGCUGGAACCUCCCUGAAGCGGAAUCGGCAGCAUUUGCUCACAUUCUUCCUCUCACACACUGUGGUCUCUCCCACCCUUUGCACCUUCGGUUUCCCCCCACUGUCUGUUUCAUCUUGUAAGCUCCCUGGGGGCGGGGAUCUGCCUCAGUAACUUUGGCAAGUCAUCGAAGAUGCUUUGUUCCGAGUCAGACCAAUGCUCUUGUCCACACGGAACCGGUAGCAAGGUUUCCAGGGGUUCACGCAGGAGUCUCUUCCGGCCCUUCUUGGAGUUGUGAGGGAUUGACCUUGGCAUCUUUGGAAUAGAAAGCUUGUGCUUUACUGCUGAACUGUACUUCCCUCCUCUGGGAUCUGAUGUGCCAUGAUAUUGUUACAAAAGUUGGGUGCGUCCCCCUCUGUCUGCCGAGCGGUGGCAGGAGCCCAUGGGGUUCCAGACACAGCGGAGACUGUUGCAGCUUUCAGAAAGAUGGUUUAUUUACCUAUUUACACCUUCAGUCUGCAAGGAGGGAGUCCAGACCUUACAGCAUGGUCAUUUCAAGAGGGGCUUGUACACCAGCCAGCCAGCAGCCAACCUGCCCAAGAUGGAUCCUAGUCUUCCUUCCCUCUUCUUUUUCCCAGCAAUCAUUGCUCAAGACUUUUCCUUUCACCUCACACCCAGUUACCUUGGCAACCUUCCAACCCCUGUCUCUGUCCCUUCCUCAGGUGGGGAGAGGGGGAAGGACAGUUCUCUUGCAUUGCCCAUGGCCCUCAAUGGGCCUAAUUUGUUUCUUAAUGGCCCUAGCUUGGCCAGGUCAUUUUGCAUAGGGUAGCCCAGGAAUUCAUCUGCAGUUUGUUUCUCCCUUCACACUCCAAAUAAUUUAAAUCGUACAAUUUCUUAAUUUCUAGGGUUUGGGGGGGUCUCCCCCAAAUCUAUAAGAAUAUAGAUCAGGAACAGGAAAAUUGAGAUGCUCCAGAUGUUGUUGGACUUCAGUUCGCAUCAGUCAUAGCCAGCAUGGCCAAUGGUCAGGGAUAAUAGGAGCUGUAGUCUAGCAACAUCUGGUGGGCCACAGUUUCCCUAUCCCUGUUGUAAGUAAUACUUCCCUCCCCUGUAUUUAACCCUUGCCCCAAAAGCAUGGGCAAAGAGUUUUAUGCAUCAAGACCAUUUGUGGCUUCAUUUCAUUGUGCUUUGGAGUUCAGUGGGCAACACCAAAGCAUACUGAAGUGCAUUUAUGAGGAUCUUAUAAUUCUCAGGCGGAACCGCUACUAAAGUUUAGGGACUAGGCAAGCAUCUUCUUAUGCCGACUUGUGGCUCUUUGCCACUGUGAUCUAAAUCAUGGGGGAAUGCAUGCUAUUUUCUCCUCACGUAGCAUCAUCUCCAUGUCAGUCUCUUCCACAGAACGUGCGGUGCUAAUGUGGUGGCAUCGUAUGGAGUGAGGGUUCGAGACCAUAUGAAAAGUAUGGCAUGCAUCAAGAGAAAGUUCUGAUCAGGGAGAUUAGCGUUGGUUCGAAGGGGCCAAAGUGUGAGAAGGGCAUGGAAACAACAUGGCCUGUUUUGUGGCAAUUCCUGUGCAUUAGCAGUGCUACAUAUUUACGGGACCGCCUCUCCUGGUAUGCCCCGCAGAGAACCUUAAGGUCCAUGAAUAAUCAUAGUUUAGAGGUCCUGGGCCCUAAGGAAGUUAGAUUAUCCUCCAGCAGGGCCAGCGCUUUCUCAGUGAUGGCUCCGACCUGGUGGAAUGCUCUGUCCCAUGAGACCAAGGCCGUGCAGGAUUUAACUUCCUUCUGCAGGGCCUGUAAGACAGAACUAUUCCUCUUGGCUUUCAAUUUGAACCUGGCCUGAUCUUUUAUUCCCCUUCCUUCCCUCCCCCUCCCCUUUUUAUGAAGAUUACCCGCUCUGGGAUCCCACAGUUACGGUAAUUUUCCCUUCGUCUCUUCGCUGGCCAAAUAGGACUAAUUUAGCCAGCUAGCCCUGGUGAUCAUCGAAUGUUUAUUGGAUGGAUUUCCCCCCUAAAUUGAUUUUUGAUUUUAUUGUUAUUCACGUUUUAUACUGUAUUUUAUGCUGUUUUUUGUAGCAUCAAUUAAGUGUUUUAAAUUUGUUGUUAGCUGCCCUGAGCCCAGUUUUCUGAACCGGGAAGGGUGGGGUAUAAAUAAAAAUUUAUUAUUGUUAUUAUUACAUGUUAAAGAGAGUGCAGCCUCAUUUAUCAUAGCUGUAGAAUUGUAGAGUUGGAAAGGGACCACAAGGAUCAUCUAGCAUAACUGCAAUGCAUGAAUCUUUCACCCAACAUGAGAUUAAGAGUCUCAUCCUCUGCUGGUUGAACAAUCCCUCAGGACUGUGAUGUGGCCUGGUCCUUGUGCAAAGGCCCGCCUGCCCUAAGAAGUGUUGUGGUGAGAGGAAUGGCAACUGUGACACGGAAAGGGGAUGGCACCCUAGUCCACACAUGUCUUGGUACAUAUGCAGGUCACGUAGUACCUUCAGGUCCCUUCAGAGAGAGGCAAGCAUAAGUGAUGUACGAGGGUUGCAUUGUUCUGGCUGUCAUGGUUCUCUGGUGAAACAGAGCAUGGAAAAGCUUCCUGUGACUUUAACUGGCAUGUGCCUCUUAAGGUAAAGGGACCCCUGACCAUUAGGUCCAGUCGUGACGACUCUGGGGUUGCAGCGCUCAUCUCGGUUUAUUGGCCAAGGGAGCUGGCAUACAGCUUCCGGGUCAUGUGGCCAGCAUGACUAAGCCACUUCUGGCAAACCAAAGCAGCGUACGGAAACACCGUUUACCUUCCCCCAGAGUGGUACCUAUUUAUCUACUUGCACUUUGAUGUGCUUUCGAACUGCUAGGUUGGCAGGAGCUGGGACUGAGCAACGGGAGCUCACCCCGUCGUGGGGAUUUGAACCGCUGACCUUCUGAUUGAUGUGCCUCUUGGUGCUAGCCUAUUUUUUUAAAAAAGUCAAGUUGCAUGUUCCUUGCCAUUGUCAUACCUCUGAUAUCAGCCUGUGUACAUUCCUAAAAUGACGAGCAAGUUUCCUGCCCCCCCCCUUUCUGUGUCAUUGUCACAAGAGGGCUGGUCUGCCAAAGAUCAUGAGAGACCGGAUAAAUCUUGAGCACAUUCUUUGUUCAAGCUGGCAGGUUUUUGAUGUAUAACCUCUUGCCACGCUCGAUCCAUGUGGCUUUCAGUUCUUUGCAUUUGCUUGCUUUGAGUUUGGAUUUCGUUCAGGACUCGGGAAUGAUUAAAAAUGAGGUACUGGUCAGCCCCGGCUGUCAAGCGGCUUCAAGUGACCCAUUUAGUCAUAUGGGGGAUACCACUAAUGGCCAUGGCACCUUAGGGGAGGUAUAUAUUCAUCAGAGCUGCAGCAUGUGGCAGAAGAUUUAACCAGCUUCUCCUCUUUCACAUGCUGUGAGUUCUCUCUCUGUGUGUGUGUGUGUCCUCCUUCCCUGGCAGCUAUUUAAAUAGGGCAAACCAAAACCACCCUAAUCUGACAUUGGAGCUGCUUUAUAGGCCAGGAGCUGUUCGUUUGCAUGUGGUUGUUACUUCAAACCCUCUUGGUGCCCUCCUCACCUCUACAAAAUGGCGGAAGGGCUGGAGAUCCCCUGCCACAAAAGCCACCGUACACAAAUAGCUUCCUUUGUCCAGCAGAUACCACGUAGCUGGGAGCUCAUAGCAGAUCUGAGCUGAAAAUCAUACCAUGGACACGGAUGGUCAACCCCAAAAUUUCUGGCUAUCUAUAUAUAUAUGAUGGCCAUAUAAUGAAGAGGGCAUGGAGAGUUGUCCCGUCUCCCAUAAUCUCCAGUCCUGUUUCCACAGCCACAAUCUCCUCAUUUCUUUUGCCUCUUAAGUUUCCAAAUAGAGACCUAGUGAAACCCUCAAGGUUCAGAUAUGGUCCUUGGACUGCCAGUGUCUGCUCCUUCCUCUAAUUCCAAAUGUGUAAGAGAUAGAUUGUGGAUGGUGAUGAAGACCCAUGCUGAAGGACACAUAAACCAAUGGCUACAACUUUAUACAGUGGUACCUCAGGUUACAUACGCUUCAGGUUACAUAUUCUUCAGGUUACAGAGUCCGCUAACCCAGAAAUAGUACCUCGGGUUAAGAACUUUGCUUUAGGAUGAGAACAGAAAUGUGCAGCGGUGGUGCAGUGGCAGCAGGAGGCCCCAUUAGCUAAAGUGGUGCUUCAGGUUAAGAACAGUUUCAGGUUAAGAACGGACCUCCGGAACGAAUGAAGUACUUAACCUAAGGUAUCACUGUAUUAAGAUGUAAUGUCAUUAAGUUCAGGACACUUCAAAAGAAGUCAGAAACCAUCUAAGGGACAACUGAGGACCAGCCCUGAGUUCAGAGAUAGCUUCAAAUGAAGCCAUUCCCAUUACUGAUUUAAGUAAAGUUACAGUAUUUUUGGUGUAAAAUGAGUGAUAGAGUCUUAGUUUAGAGCAGGGUUUCCUAGCUGUUUUCAAACUACAACUUCCAUCAUCCCUAGCUAGCAGGACCAGUGGUCAGGGAUGAUGGGAAUUGUAAUCCAAAAAAAUCCCUAGAGACGCGAGUUUGAGAAACAGUGGUUUAGGUUUCUUUUACUGGUCCCCUCCCGCCUUUAUUAAACUGCUGUUAAGCUACGGGACCCUGAAACUAAAAAGAAAAAAGCUUCAAAGUGAAGUGGGGAAGAUUGGAAGGAAAAACACGCUGCCCUUACCAUGUUGCCAGACUCUGCAGAUAUAAACAGUGUUAUGUUCCAUUCUGUAUGCAAAUUGAACUGCGUCAGAUCAUGUUACCACAAGAGAUGUACAUUUGAUAUUAUAUUUCUUUCUGUCUCACAGAUUCUUCCUGGCUUGUUCCUUGGAAAUUUUAAAGGUAAGUUCAGUGUCAUUAGCAGUCAUAGUGCCCAACCACAUUUUGCUUCCAAACUUUGUGUCUCUCUGUGUGUGACAGCUUUGUCUAGGCUUGCCAUACGUCAGGAAAAUUCCUGGCAUGUCCUGGUUUUUGGGUGUAAAAAUGACAUGGGGGGGAUUUGCUGAAUUGGCAAAAUGUCAGGGAAAACCUGGAUGUAUCACUAUUUGGGGGGGAGGGCUUCCUUAAAAAAAAGCUGAACAGGAAUGUCAGGAAUUUUACUUUUACUUUGUCUCUCCCAAACUUUGGAUGGUUCUUCUAAGGCAGGAGUAGGAAACCUGUGGACCUCCUGUUACUGUUGGACUAACCAUCAGGCUGAGCUACCUUGGCUGAUGUCAUGGCUGAUGGGAAUUGUAUUCUAAUAAAAGCCAUCAAAAACCACAGGUUCCUUGCCCCUGGCCUACAGUUGCUUAUGUGAAAGAGACACAAGUCUCUACCUAAACCUGUCUGGUUUUGUGAUCAUCACCACUAAGCUUUCAAGUGGGGUAUCUGCCUACUCCUUCCCCUUUGGUGCAGAGUACAUUGCCACAGCCCAUAGAGUCUUGUAUUUGAAGCUAGCAUGGUGCACACUCCAAAAUCUGAGGAAGGCAAAUUCGGGUUUGCCCAAUUAAAGAAAAUAAAAAUGGUCAUGGGACAGAGCUCAGCAGGUUCUCACAGAACAAUAUGAAGAAGCUUUGCUGAGUGGCAAGUCUGAUGCUAGUUCCCAUUGCCUGAAGAGAGGGAGCUGCAGGAAUGAUAGUUCCCCACAUCUGUUCCAUCACUGCUACCUACUCAUUUUGGUCUUCAGCUACCCUGCUUUCCUCAGCUCAACACAGCCUUUGUAGACAUUAGCUGAGGAAUGGAUGAAUGAGGCCCAUGCUGUAAGUCUGAGACAUAGUAGUAUGUGAAAUGGUACUCUAGGGGCAAGCUCAGCAUCUGGUGCCACAGAAGUAUAAGGUAAGGGACCCCUGGAUGGUUAAGUCCUGUCAAAGGCGACUAUGAGGUUGUGGCGCUCAUCUCGCUUUCAGGCUGAGGGAGCCGGCGCUUGUCCACAGACAGCUUUCUGGGUCAUGUGGCCAGCAGGAUUAAACUGCUUCUGGCGCAACGGGUCACCAUGACAAGUGCUAGAGUGCGUGGAAAUGCCGUUUACAUUCCUGCUGCAGUGGUACCUAUUUAUCUACUUGAACUGGUGUGCUUUCGAACAGCUAGGUUGGCAGAAGCUGGGAGAGAGCAAUGGGAGCUCACCCCGUUGCAGGGAUUCAAACCGCUGACCUUCCGAUCGGCAAGCCCAAGAGGCUCAGUGGUUUAGACCACAGCGCCACACUCUCCCCUGCAUGGGCCACAUAGCUCAAGCAUGAUCUGUAAGGAUCAUAGAACUGUAGAGUUGGAAGGGAACCCAAGGGUCAUCUUGUCCAACCCCCUGCAGUGCAGAAGUUUGGAAGUUUUUACUUCUGUUUUCAAUUAACCACAGUUUAUGUAUUGGCCAAACCUCAACAAACUGUGGUAAGACUUGACUCCGGUUUCCUGAAACAAACCAACUUCAGAUUGCAGUUUACGGAGUUAGCUUGUUUCAUUAAACUAUUCAAUAAUCCAUUAUUCAGAUUAAGCUCAGUUUAAAUUUAGAUGUAAUGGUAAACUUCCAGCCUCCUUUCCCAGAUUUGUUCAUGCGAUUCAUGUAGUUUAUUAUGACAUGUGACUAAUGUUGGAAUAUUUGCACCAACACCAGUGCCAGACUGUGCGUCAGUAGAGAUUGUAAUUUUUAAAAGUGAGGGAUUGAGAGGCUUUCCCUUUUCACCUCUGCCCACAACCAUUUUAAGGGAAAACGAGAUGACGAUGGCAAAUCCUAUGUCGACAUACAGUACUUCUUUUUUGCUCUAAAGUUAUAGUGGGCCAUGGUACAGUUUCAGCCUCGUGGCAGAGUAAUGGCAUUUUCAAACAGGUAAAGACCGGUGGUGCUAUGGGUGGUGCUAUGGGUUAAACCACUGUGCAGCUUGGGCUUGCCGAUCGAAAGGUUGGCGGUUCGAAUCCCCGCAAUGGGGUGAGCUCCUGUUGUUUGGUCCCAGCUCCUGCCAACCUAGCAGUUCGAAAGCACGUCAAAGUGUAAGUAGAUAAAUAGGUACCGCUCCGGCAGGAAGGUACCGUAAAUGGUGUUUCCGUGCACUUCUCUGGUUUCGCCAGAAGCAGCUUAGUCAUGCUGGCCACAUGACCUGGAAAAACUGUCUGCAGAAGUGGACAAACACCGGCUCCCUUGGCCUGUAAAGCGAGAUGAGCGCCGCAACCCCAGAGUCGUUCGCGACUGGACUUAAUUGUCCCUUUACCUUUACCUAAAGUCUGGAUGGGCGGCAAGGAAGAGAUGGCAGGGUUAGACACUGUUGCCAACUGCAUCCCAAGCCACACCUUGGGAGAGUAGCACUGCUUAAGUUCAUACCUGAAAAGGAUCGUUCUACAGUUCCAAAAACAGGCCUCAAACCAAAGAGGCUUAGUUGUGUAACCUUGACAGCACUAUGUUUUUAUCAGGUUUGACUAAAAGCUUAGCCCCUUUAUUGGUUCAGUGCUUUGGCAGUUGACAAGAAUGUGUCAUUUGGGGAAUGUAAAUAAACGAUUAAAUGGUGGAUAAAGAAUAAAACUGGUGAACAUGGGAAGAAGGUAAGUAAUGUGGAUUAAAUAACACGGUGGUGUGGUUUUGCGUUUGUGAGAAACAAACGUACAAACUGAUCUGAGGUUCGUCGGCUGUAACACCGAGACCUUGGUGGCUAAAGGUUGAAUACACCCAGCGCGGCGAAACCGAGACCUGGUAUCUGUUUCCCAAUUUGGUUCUUUUUAGAUUUCUCCCUCUGUGAUUGAGUCGAGGCAAAGAGGAGCUGGCUGAUAUUGCAGAGUGAGUCAGCACUUAACCACCGACUUCGAGCUGUGCAGCUUUUCUGACUUGCAACCUCUGCUGGCUGCUGCGUCAGUUGGCCUGUGAAGUGUUGUCCACUGUUUCUAUGGAGGCGAUAUAUAAAUGCUGGUGGUUAAGCUGCGGCAGUUUAAUCCUUCAGCAAGCUGCCCGUUAGUUCACCAGGACGACUGCUGGGAACGCUUCCCAAUUCAGCAAUAAGAUCUACAGUUGGUUGUGUUUCGGCAUGCUAAGUGGAACGCCACAGGCCAAUUUCUAAAUAACUCUCUCCUCUUGUCUUGGUUGUUCUGGACUUAAAAUGUAAGAUGGCUACAUUUGAAAGGCCCCUUUUUAACUGCUGUGGUUUUUACGGUUUUCUUGUUUGGAAGGAACAGACUAGUGCAUUUGAAGCUCGCAACUCCUCACCCCAGCUAUUGGCUCCCUCAAUGUUCCACUGGAAUUACUGAUACUUCAAGUCUGGAUCACGUUUAUCCUUAGGCAGUGUCCAACUGACAUUAGGGAAAUCUUGAAUGGAGAAAUGUUCUAAAAUUUAUUCUAUGAGAUGUAAAAAUGGCAUAUUCUGUAGCAUGUAUAUAAGUCUCAAAACUUCAAAACAAAGUAGGCCUCGAGUGAACGUGUUUGGGGAGGGCGUUCUAUAGUCAGGGCACCAUGAGGGGGAAAAGCCCCUGUCACUGGUGGCGCUCCCCCUCAAAGAUGUGGCACCCAGCUCUUAUUGUCAGAAAGUUCUUCCUGUUGUUUAGUCACAAUCUCUUUCCUUGUAACUUGGAUCCAUUGGUUUGGGACCAGGAGAAAGCAAGCUUGCUCCAUCCUAUGUGUGACAGCUCUUUAGAUAUUUGAAGAUAUCUAAAGGGGUAGAAAGAUGAGAGAGUUGGUUUCUUCUGGUCUCUCCACAUGAAACUGGAAUCUACUCAUAACAUGCUCCUCCACCUGCCUCAAGGCCACCAAAUAACACAGCAACAAAACAAAACAAAGCUUUGUUACAUUAAAAACCUGCCAGCGCCUUACUGAGUCAGAGCAUUUCCCAUCUAGCUCAGAACAGUCUACACAGUCUAGACUCUGUGCUGACUGAUGAUGGCUCUUCUUGGUUGCAUUCAGACAGGAGUCUUUCAGAGCCCUGCCUACAGGAGCCGGGAGUUGAACAUGGGUCCUUGGGAGCAUGCAAAGCACAUGCCCUACAACCAAGCCGUGGUUCUAUCUGUACUUUCCAUAGACUGUAAAUCCAAGCUGCCCACAAAUCCAAAGUUGAUAUUUGCUAGGUAGGAGAGGAGCAUACAUCUACUCAAAACACCCAUGUGUACUUCAAAUGUUGAGUGUCGCUAGAACCUAGGCAAGAUUUGUAGAUUUCCGGGUAUGGUCUGCAAGCACAUGAGGUCACUGCCUUGCUGAAGGUCAACAGGCCUUGGUCUGGUCAGUGCCUCAGUGGGUCACCACCAUUUAGAGCCUAUGUGUAUGUUGACUUGGGUUUCCAUGCAGAAGAAAGGUAUGGUACAAGUGUAAGAAAAUAUACAAAUAAAUGAGUAAAUAAGAACAUAAGGUCCUGCUGGAUCAGUGGCCCAUCUAGUCCAGCAGCGAAGCCCACAAUAUUAUUAUUAUUAUUAUUAUUAUUAUUAUUAUUAUUAUUGCAAGGAGGACUCUCAGGUAUAUACCUCCACAUGUGGUGGGAAUGUCCCAAAAUCCAACUCUUCUGGACAUCAUUCAUACAAGAAAUAUGUAAAAUAACUAAGCAAGUGUUAGAAGUCACCCCAGAACUGGCCCUAUUCAACAUUUUCCAAGACAAUAAUGCCCACUCAUAACACAAAGAACUCAUAAACCACCUACUCUCAUCAGCCAGAAGCAUCAUAGCUAGACACUGGAGAGACCUGUCAGGAGUAAGCAUAGACCAAUGGUACCAAAUAGUAUGGGAAACAGCCUUAUUAGAAAAACUCGCCAACAAACUGAAACUGACACGGGGACAAAUAGAAGAAGACGCCUUCACCCCGGUUUGGUUUCCCUUUAUCACAUACACAGCCCAACAAGAUAAUGACAAGAACCCGCCGACAGCAUUCAAAUCAGUCUGGCUAACCUGACCCACACCCCACUCACACACAAAAGCAGAUUUCACUAGACCCAAUCAAAGACAACCAACCACACCCUAGGCCAACCUCUUUCACCACCAAAGGAAUACAAGCGAAUAGUAAAGAGAACUCGCUCAAGUGACACUGACACAAAGCCUCACACAUACACUAAGUAGAAAACAAGCAUUGCCACCGGACCCCACCCCCACUCAACAGUCCCCCCUCCACCUCUUUCCCCCUUUUCGUCCUAAUGUAAUACAAAUGUCUCAACAAAUGAAACUGAUCUGUAGAAAAUGUAAGUUGGAAAAAGGGACGUUGCACAUGCUUUUGUAAACCAAGAAAUCUUUAAUAAAGAUAUAUUUUUAAAAAAACGAGGACUCUCUUCGUUCCCAGCAAAUGGUUUUCAGAAGCAUCUGUGUCCAAACAGUAGAGGUAUCCAACAGGGUUAGUAGCCACUGAUAGUCUUAUCGCCCAUGAAUUCUUUCCUGCAAGAAAUCUUCAAUGCAUGUAUUUUGGGUGCCGUUUUACGGUACGGUAUAUAGGAGGCUAGCAAUACCUUUCUUCCCUUUAAAGGUAAAGGGACUCCUGACCAUUAGGUCCAGUUGUGGCUGACUCUGGGGUUGCGGCGCUCAUCUCGCUUUACUGGCCGAGGGAGCUGGCGUACGGCUUCCAGGUCAUGUGGCCAGCAUGACUAAGCCGCUUCUGGCGAACCAGAGCAGUGCACGGAAACGCCGUUUACCUUCCCGCCUGAGCGGUACCUAUUUAUCUACUUGCACUUUGAUGUGCUUUUGAACUGCUAGGUUGGCAGGAGCAGGGACCGAGCAACGGAAGCUCACCCCAUCACGGGGAUUCAAACUGCCACCUUCUGAUCGGCAAGCCCUAGGCUCAGUGGUUUAGACCACAGCGCCACCCGCGUCACAGCAUGAGUAUAUUUCUAGGUUUUGACCUAUAAAGUCUUAAUUAAACAACCCAUGGCCUUUUUUUUGGUGAAGUUAGGAGAGAUCCCCACCAGGUCCUCUGGGGGAGAGCUCAGUAGCUGGAGAGGUGGGUGCAUUUAGGACUUAAAAUGUAAAAUCAGUACCUUGAAUUGAGCCUGGAAAUGAACCAGGAGUCAGUACCACUGGCCUAGAAUUCACUCCCCCCCUCCAUUUACUUUGACGUCUAAUGUCCAACUUUUAAGGUCGUAAUUGGUGAUAAAUCUAGAUUCCUUCCCCCUCUAUUCUCCUCAUUGUGACAUGAAUUGUUUGUUUAAAUGAUUAAGAAGAUUAACUGAACAUCUACAGAGCAGCACUUUCCAUUAAAUGAACUGCUUUUGGGGCUCGUGGUUUAUAAUGGGAGAUGCCAGGGAUUUUCCCUUCUUCAGAAAACAUCCUUCUCCAGUUUAUGCGUUCAAAAGCUUUUCUCUGUCCACCCCCCCCCCCCCAGCAUGGAGAUGCUGUGAUUGGUGACAAAGAUUGUGACUGCUGAAUUUUGAGCUAUUAGGCAGCUUUUAAAGGUGCCUGAGCCAAUUUGUGAUACGGUGACAAUUCUCGUGAUCAUGUAUGUCUGGUUGUAAAAGAGCCAUUGACUUCCCCCAAAAAAGAACUCACCCAGCACAAUCCAUUUAUAGCAUUUAUAUCUUCCCGUCCCUUUAAGGAGUUCAAGUCGGCACCCAUUGUUCUCUCCCCACAACACCCCAGUGAGGUAGGUUAGGCUGAGAAAACGUAACUGGGCCCAGCUCACCCAGCGAACUUCAUUCGUGAGUGGGGAUUUCAACCCGGGUCUCCGCUGUCUUACUCCCAGCACUCUAGUCAGCACAGCACACUGUUGUUGUUGACAGAAGAAGAAGAAGAGGAGUUUGGAUUUGAUAUCCCGCUUUAUCACUACCCGAAGGAGUCUCAAAGCGGCUAACAUUCUCCUUUCCCUUCCUCCCCCACAACAAACACUCUGUGAGGUAAGUGGGGCUGAGAGACUUCAGAGAAGUGUGACUGGCCCAAGGUCACCCAGCAGCUGCAUGUGGAGGAGCGGAGACACGAACCCGGUUCACCAGAUUAUGAGUCUACUGCUCUUAACCACUGCACCACACUGGCUCUCUUAAGACCAUUAAGUAGCCAGUCAGUGCUUCUGUGUAGCAGCUGAUGCUCAGGAAAGCUUCUCUUCUUUGUAGCUCAGCAAUCCACUGCUAAUAGGGAGGGGAGCACAUUUCAAAGUUAUGCUUUUUGUGGUGGUACCUGAUAAUUGAGUUAAAUAUGGCUGACUGUGCUAAUGGCUUUUCCUCCCUGGUCUCCUUUUCCACAGAUGCUCGUGACACCGAACAGCUGAAAAAGAACAACAUAACGCACAUUCUUUCGAUCCAUGACAGCGCCAGGCCCAUGCUGGAGGUAAGGGAAGAAAGCUGCUACAGCUUGAGCCAUCAUCGCUUCCCUCGCCACAGCCUUCUCUUAAACUCCCCGUUACAUUACUCCAUCAUGGUGUUUUAAACUUGCCUCAUACAAUGGUCAGUGCAUCGUGGGCACUGUCACCUGGCUUUCACCUGAUCUGUCAGGCUCCGGGGACUUGGCUCCCCCCCCCCCACCGUUGGCUGUAGAUAAGCAAGACAAAGCGAAAAGAGUCCCUUGCCAGAGCCAGGGCUUUUUCGGCCGUGGCCCCAAUCUGGUGGAACACUCUGUCACAAGAGACUAGGGCCCUGUGGGACUUGACAUUUUUCCGCAGAGCCUGCAAGACGGAACUGUUCCACCAGGCCUUUGGCCAAGGCACAGUCUGACACCCUCUCUCCUUCUGCAAUCCUCAUAGAACUCUAGCCCAAUGGUUGCCAUUAAUUUGACUCUGAGUUGAUUUUAGAAUGAGUUGAUUUUAGAAUGUAUUUCAAUUAAUUGAUUGUGAUUUGAUGUAAACUGUGUUAUUUUUACUGUUGUUAGCUGCUCUGAGCCCGGUUUUGGCUGGGGAGGGCUGGAUAUAAAUUAUUAUUAUUAUUAUUAUUAUUAUUAAAGAGUCUUUAAUGAUCACAGCAAAAGAACAAAGCACAAAGGUGUUCCCACUUCCCCCUAGUCACUUCUGUCUUGGAACCUGAUCUCGCAACCCCCCCGUUUUUGUAUCGCCACCUUAUCUGCUCUAUGUGACCUUGGACUGAUAGGCUGGACACUUUCCAGCCAGAGAGAGUCUGUUAGAUCUCUCUCUUCCAGUUCUUCUUCACCUUGCUGUCCACCUCCCAGUUCGCCCCAACUUUUGUCUUCCGAACUAUGCCCCUCUGCAAACCACCGUUCCAAAUCUAUACUGCUCCACUGCUCCUGGGCAGCUUCAGGAUCCUGGUCAGGAGCAGGGCAAAGCUCCCAGUUGCCCUCACAGUUUGCUUGCCGACUUCCCAGGUUCAGCUGGGAAACAAUCUAUGGGUUCAUUCAGACUUCCCCUUGUCCCCCCUCUUUUCCCCAGGGGAAACCCAAUCUUUAGUGCUGAAUUGGAGCAAUUGUUUGAUGGCGGAGCAAUAUCCUGGACAACGGAUGAUGCAGAAGCUCUCUCCCCCAUCUGUUUUCACAGGACUUGGGUUAGGAUCCUUGGGCUGUGAUAAUCCAUCUUGCUUGCUUGCAAGGGGGGUGGAGAGGCCUGUCUUUGGAUGGCAACAUUCAGAAAGGUUGAAAUUUACGGCCAAGAGCAUAAUAUCACAAUUAAUCACACACACCCCGCCAGCGAGAAAGUUUGCUCAGUUUGAAAGUCUAGUUUACACUGUGGUUAUUUGGUGUGUAACAGAUUUGGCAAGCUUAAUGGGCUGGGUUUCUUCUUUCUUGACAUAUAUUGCCAUCCACUUGGAAAGUUGAAUUUUCUGUGAUCGGCGACAAAGACUCCAUUUGCACUAUGCAUUUAAAGCAGUACCAUGUUAUGUUAAACAGCCCUGGCUUCCCUUACAGAAUCCUAGGAAUUUUAGUUUAAGGGUGCUGGUAGUUGUUAGGAGAACCCCCCAACACCAAUUCCAUGGUCAGAGCCAGAGUUCUCAUAGUUCCCUGGGAAGAGGAGUUGAUUGUUAAACUACUCUGGAAAUCGUAGCUCUGCGAGAGGAAUAGGAAUCUCCUACACUCAGCACCCUAAAAAGGAUUCUUUGGAGGAAGUCAUGGCUGGCAAGAUACUUCUUUAACUGUAUAGUACAGAUGGAUUGAUUUGGAUAGCACUGAGCUUAAAAAUCAGUGGGAGUUGUCAUCUCUUCUUUUUAGAUGUGGAUGCACACUUUUAAGAAGAUCCAAAUUUAAAGGCACAAGGGCACUCUGACUAACAUGUCUUUCAGAGUUUACAGGGUAAAUUUUCACAGCAAGUUCACGUUUUACAAAACUCUGCUAAGAAAAAACAACACCAUUCCACCUAUAUGCUUCUGGCAGGCUAGUUUCACAUGAGUUGUGCAUGUAUAUCUUCAAAAAAUAGUCAAUAAGAAAUUGACUUGGAUUUGUUCCAGAUUACAAUAGGGAUGAUUGUUCACUCUUAAUACUUUAUGAAUUGACUGAAAAAAUCUGGGAGGCAAUUUUGUUGACCUCUUCACAGCUGCAAUUCUGCGGGGAAUGGUGCUGUAAAUUUCAUCAUACCUCGAUCCGUUUUAUCAAUUUACUGUCAAAUUUGUGGCUUUUAAGAUUCAGAGGUUUCAUAGUACUGGCUAGUUAAAUGUUUCUCUGUUUUGAAUUUGAGAUCUUUCUAUGUGUGAAGCACUAUCGGAUUUCAUUUGAUGGGUUGAUCAGUUUCCCUGUUACUAAGCACAUUUGAAUUUUAAUUCUUAUUCUCCAAGCUGAGGGCAGGACACCCCCCUGCCUCUUCUGUAGUCUGUGCCCUCAUAGCGUUAAAGAAUCAAACAGAAUCGUGAUCUGAAAACAAUUGCUUGGAAUCUGGGGAAAGCCCAGGUUCCACUGAUCUCUUCAGAGAAGCAUUAGGUUUACUUGAAAUGAUCAUUUUGACUUCGCCUGAAGAAGUUUUAGUUCAAGAGUUUACCAUUGGAGUUUUAAUGUUUCUCAUAUUUUGGUUCUCAACACCAGUAAUUCAGUUGCAUGAGGAUCUGUUUUUGUAAGGCGAGGUCAAUAGGAACAAUGCUCAAUGAUGGUCAGGGCAUUUCUGAAGCAAAUUCAAUCUUAAGAGUGUGAUUCAACGACCACUUUUAUUAGUGGUAGAAUGGAACAUGUCCUGGUCGGUUAUUCUCUUGAGUUCGGAAGCAAUUGCACAAUCCACCUUAUUUGGUUGCCUUCUUGUAUUUGAAUUUUGCACAGCCUGUUUCCCUCAUGCGUUUUCAACAAAUAUUUCAACGAUAAAAUAACGGCAAAAUGGCUUUGCUUAUUGCUGAAACUUUUGAAUAUUUUCAAUAAUAAAAUGAGUCAUGAGCAUUUGUACUGUACUUGGGCGACUGCUCCUUAAAGCAACUGAAAGGACAAAUAAACAAAUUACUGGGGGGAUUUUUUCCCCCUUCUCCCCCGAAGCGGUUCUUUAGCUGUACUGGGCAGAACUCUUGAUAACCUCUUGUUGUGCUCGAGAAAACCUUGAGAAACCAACUGUUUCCUAAUUAAGCCGUUUUGAUGAAAUGCCUCUCAUUCGAAAGAGGUAUGUCCACCCCUCAUCUGUUGAUGUGGCAAGUCAAAAUAACACAUGGGGGGUUUUUUUCUGGGCUAACCUGAAAGAACUUGCCAGGUGUUUGAGGGUUUUUAUUUGCAUCUUCCUUCAAAAUGAGGUGCCCCAGGGUUUUGUUUUUGGCUCUUAAAGUGUUUCUUGGAAGCUGUCGUUGAAAGGUUUACAUAAAUUUAAAUACCGAGAAGUUCAAUGCCAAAAAUAAGGCAUUUCUUUCUUUCUUUUUAAACUGCUUAAUUUCAGCCUAGAAAUUUGUGGUCAUUUAGGACAGCUCAAAAGUCCUGAUUGGUUAUUGCCCUUUCCAUUUAAAAAAGAUGAUGAUUCAUAAGUCUCCGAGAAGACAGGCAUCUAAAGUUUCAAAGUUUCUGAAGUCUCAAAGCAAACUUUCAAACGGGAGAUUGGUGUUAGAUCAGGGGAAUUAAAUAUCUGAUCCUAAAUUUGUUUGAACAGCAUGUAGCUGAUAGAAUGUACUUAAAAGUAGAUGGUUACAUUUUCUUCUUUCACCACAAAUUUAGAGUACUUGGAUUACUAGCUUAAAGAACUUGAAUAAGUAUUCUUUUCGCUGAGAAUGUGCAUCUAAGAAUGAAACAAUUCAUUUAAUGAUCUUUAAUGUGGACAUCUGUUUCAUUUAAGUUUCUUUGAAAGUAAAGAUUUUUUAAAAAUCUGUUGUUCAGAUUCAUUUAUAGCAAUUGAAUGCAAGUUGCUAUUGUAAAUUCUGGAGAUUUUGAUCUUACUAUUCUGUGUUUGCUCAUUCUUUAUUCUUUUAAAUGAACAAGAAUUGGGACUUAGUUAAAAACAACAACAAUUACUGAGUGGUCUGUCUCCUUCAGAAUCAGAAGUGGUGUUAUGUGGCUAACAAAAUUGUGAAGCAGAAUUUUCAAAUUGUUGUCGGUUCUCUAGAGUGUUAAAACAGAGGCUAAAAUACCUUUCUAAAGCGAUAACCAGCUAUUCAGUUCCAUGCCCUAGAAAUUUUAAAGCAUUUUCUUUAUACAAUUUUUAUUUGUAUUUUCUAUAUAAAUGUAGAACUCAUUGUGGGUUUCAUGAGCAAAUCUGUUAACUAGCUUAAAAUACUUACGGUCAUGAUUUUCCUGUUAACUGAAAACGAAUACAUGGGUUUGGAAAAUCUGAAAUAUAUGUAAAAUUUGAUGACAGCUUUUCUUUAAAAUGUAAAAUUGAGUGAGUAGUUUUUAUCUGGGCAAAGCCCUGGUGAGGCAAUUUACCUAGCAUCAGAAUUUUCCAGCAUCUUGACCUGGUACCAGCAUGAUGGCUGUUAGAGUAAUAAGAGCGAAUAUCAGAUAUUCUGCAGAGCUGAACUCUUGCUUCUUUCAGCUAUGACAAUCUUGAAAUCUGAAUACUUGCGCUAGUUUUGUUAACUCUCCCUUUGUAUCGGUUUAACAGUUCGCUUGACUUUCAGGGCCUAAAAAGAAAUAAAAAAGCUUCUCUUUGUGGUUACUCUUGUCUGAUGAAAUAGAAAACUGAGAGGAAAAUGAAUUUAUUGGCUUCCAAUGCACGCCUUUUCGAAGGCACUGGAAUUUGAAGAAAUUGGCCUACUUGUAUUUUGACUGACUUUUGGUUUUUGUUGGUUGAUUUCCCACUCUAGAUAUUAUGCCAGCAACCCCAUAACCUCUAAUAUGACGUCAGGAAAAAUGAGAAUGCCAUAUUCCAGGGCCGCACUCCCAUGUGAGUCAUGUGACCUGCGUGAGAUUGCAGUCCCAAAGAAAGCACUUUUUUGGACACUGCACCCAAAAAGUGCAUUUUUGGGCACCACACAAGAUCAUGCCCCCCCAAAGCUUUUUUUCAGGCAUAGUGCCCCAAAAUGUGUGAGAUGGUGUUUUUGGGGGGUGAGAGGACACCCCGAAAUCACAUGAGACCAUGGUGCCCAAAAUAUCCACCAUGCUCUCGCAGGGAAAAAUGGAUGUCCCUGUUUUUCUGGGACAGUUGUGGGGUAUGCAACCCUGAUGUAGUAAGUUUCAGGGUGAGGUUCUUGUCAUGAUGACCUGUGAUAAGACAGGUGGUUUUUUACGGUGUUACUUAGAAGAUGCCUACACAAAAUUGGGAAUUUGCAUGAAACUGCUCAUGCCUGGUAACUAUGUUUGUUGCUGCUUCCCUCACCAUACGUAAGUAACCCAAUUUUUAUGCAUCUAUCCUGCUCUUUAUAUUGUGAAAUUCAAUGCAGAUUGGAUGAAGUUGUUCGCAGAAUCACAGAAUCAUUGAAAUUGGACCUGCAGAGGAUGUGAUUCAAAGACCAGGUGGAAUCGGCGGGGUCUUCCAUUCACCCCACUGCCAUGUAUUCACCAACCUUGCCUUUGAUAUUAUCUGCACCUUGAAUCAGUUACACUGGUGGCUGUCGUUUCCCUUUUUCUCUUGCAGCCAGGUUUCCUUUAGUCGUCCACACUUAGCCACAAAACCCCCGAUGAAGUCUGCUUGCAUAAUAAGCAGCAAAAUUUGUUGUUGUUGAAUGUAAUGUAUACAUAUCAAAAAUAGAUAGAUAGAUAGAUGAUGAUAGAUAGAAUAUAUGCACUAGAACAGUGGCUUGCUGACAAUUGGAGGUCAUUUUGGGACAAUUCUUAGACAACUUGCAUGAGGGUGUGCACAGUAAGGAUUCUGCUUUUGCUCAACUAUGACUGCAAAAUAAGCCCUGCAAUAUAUAUGUGUGUGUGUGUGUGUGUGUGUGUGUAACAAUUCUUGCAAAUCAGGGAGGCCGAAGGCACAUGGAUCCACAUGUGGUGGAACUGUAAAAUGGAAAAUGAUUUAUAACAAGCAGAAGAAAAUGUUCAAAUGCUCCUUCCCUAAAAAGCCGGAAGCCUUCCUGCUAGGAAUUAUGGGUAAUGAAAUUCCCAAAAAGUUUAGGAGAGUCUUUAUGUAUCUUACAGUUGCUGCCAGAAUUUCAAUUGCAAAAGGCUGGAAGGGAGAAGAUAUCCCAUCCAAAUAAGACUGGCAAAAUAAACUCAGAGAGUAUGCUGAACUAGCGAGACUAUCAGCGAGGUUACAAGAUGUUACAGAUGAAAAAUUUAUCAGAGAGUGGGACAUAUAUAGAGUUUAUGUAAAAGAACAUUGUCAAAAUAUUAAUCCGUUGGCAGGUAUUGAUUGAACUUCUGUAGGUGAAUAGGAUAAUAUUAGAAGACUUAAAGUAAGUCAAACAACAUGGAGAAAAUAAAGUUAAGUGUGCAUCCAAGAAAUACAAUCUGGGAACAUAAUGGGAAGAUCAGAGGUCACGUUGAAAUCAAUUGCAAAAAGAUGUAAAAAGAAAAUAACUGAGGAAUGAACGACUGCAGAAUUUUUUCCUUUUGUUACUUUUUAUGCUGUCUUCAACAUCUAAUGAUAAUUUCUGUUAUACAAUUUUCAAUUAAUAAAGCAUGGAAAGGGGGGGGACGACAAUUCUUGCAAAUCUUGUUUUUAAGCAGUGGCAUUUAGAUUGAAGCAGUAAAGCAGGUUUAGCAUUCAUAGCUAAAAUAAGCGUAGACUUUAAGUAAUGCGCUUAAGAUAAAGGUAAAGGAACCCCUGACCAUUAGGUCCAGUCGUGGCCGACUCUGGGGUUGCGGCGCUCAUCUCGCUUUAUUGGCCGAGGGAGCCGGUGUACAGCUUCCGGGUCAUGUGGCCAGCAUGACUGAGUCACUUCUGGCGAACCAGAGCAGCACACUGAAACACUGUUUACCUUCCCGCUGGAGCGGUUCCUAUAUAUCUACUUGCACUUUGACGUGCUUUCAAACUGCUAGGUUGGCAAGAGCAGGGACCGAGCAACGGGAGCUCACCCCAUCACGGGGAUUCGAACCACCAACCUUCUGAUCAGCAAGUCCUAGGCUCUGUGGUUUAACCCACAGCGCCACCCGCGUCCCUUAGCUGUGUGUUAUAAGUGCAAGGGCAGGGCUGUUCUUUCGAGGAUUUCUUACUGGCUCCAUCAGUGGCAAUGCAAAAUGAAAGCUAUCUUCUUGUUCUGCAGCAGUGCAACACUAAAGCCGCUUCCAGGUGACUUGUGAGCUUUGAUUCUGGUGCGUUCGCACAGAAUUUGUGGGGGGCUCACACAGUACCCACUGUUCACUGAGCAUUUGUUCGCAGGCAGGUUACACAACGUCCCAUCAAGUAGUUGUUACCUUGUAGUUUCCAAUGCAUUUCUUCCGCACCAGCCUCAUUGCAGAGAAGUCUAGUUUUGUGGGCAAGGGGAAUGGAUUUGUUGCCCAAGCUAUUGUGCAACCUGCAUGUGGUGGAAUCCCACACACAAAAAAAGGAACAUAUGAGAUGGGGAAGGCAAGAGUUUUGCAGGAGAGCAUAUGCUUUGCAAGCAGGAGGAGAUGAAUCUCUAUGUGGGUCUGGAGGAAACCACUGUAAGGAACCCUAGGGCCAUUGCCCAAGUCUCUCCUUAUGCUGUUUGACUCCCAACUCCCAUCAGCCCCCAGUCAGCAUGGCCAAUGCUCAGGCUUGAUGAAAGUUAUAAUUCAUCUACAGUGGUACCUCAGGUUACAGACUCUUCAGGUUACAGACUCCGCUAACCCAGAAAUACAGUGGUACCUCGGGUUAAGUACUUAAUUCGUUCCGGAGGUCCGUUCUUAACCUGAAACUUUUCUUAACCUGAAGCACCACUUUAGCUAAUGGGGCCUCCUGCUGCUGCCGCGCCACCGGAGCACGAUUUCUGUUCUUAUCCUGAAGCAAUGUUCUUAACCUGAAGCACUAUUUCUGGGUUAGCGGAGUCUGUAACCUGAAACGUAUGUAACCUGAAGUGUAUGUAACCCGAGGUACCACUGUAGUACCUCGAGUUAAGAACUUUGCUUCAGGAUAAGAACAGAAAUUGUGCGGCGGCAGCAGGAGGCCCCAUUAGCUAAAGUGGUGCUUCAGGUUAAGAACGGACCUUCAGAAUGAAUUAAGUUCUUAACCCAAGGUACCACUGUACAUUCGGAGGGCACCAUGUUGGCUACCCUGGCCUUGGAGCAUCCUGGUUCCCUCCAGAUGUUGAUGGACAACUUUUCCCAUCGUCCCAUGCCAUGCUGGCUGGGGCUGAUGGAACCGAGAAUCCAACGACAUCUGGAAGCCACCAUAUUGGCUUCCCCUGCCCUAGAGCACCCUUCCCCAACCUGGUGCCCCCCAUACAUUUUUGAUUGUGCUGCCUGGUGCUUAUGGGAGUUGUAGUCCAAUUCAUUUGGAGGAUACCAAGGAAGGAAUGAUGCUGUAGAGAGAUGUCAUUCUAUAUAUGCAACACUUAGCAAGAUAGUCCCUUCCAGUUCUACAGACCAAUCUAUAAGAUUGGUCAAAGGUCUGUCUUGGUUUAAGUUGGCUUCCAGUGAGCGAGGGAGUAUCACCUUUGUGCCCAGCUUUUGAAGUUUCAAAGUUGUCUGACUGGCUGCUGUUGAAAUGUUGGACUAGAUGAGACGCUUCCACGAGUUAUACAUAUCUAGUGAAGCAAAUUUUUUUUUAAGAUAAUCUUUAUUGAUUUUAUGAUUGCAUACUAUACAGAUACACAUUACUUUACAUUUAUAUUUACAUUUACAUUUACUCCUAUGAGUUGACUUCCCUCCUUCCUUCUUCUAGCUUUUUAAUGUCGUCUCUAUGUUUUUCGCAUUGUCUUUAUUGAUUUUGUAUAUUGUUGUUCUUCUUUCAACUUUAUCCAUACAGUGUCUAUAUAAAAAUAAAUUUUUCUGUAUAUACACAUCUUGUUGUUUGUCUAUAUUCAUUUACAGAUACAAUUGGUUACCUUGAUUGUAUUUUACAUUUUAAUUCAUAUUGUCAUUAACAUCCAAUAAAGUUUCUUUUAAUUUCCCAUUAUGAAAUCAGUAGAAUGGAAAUAGUGAAGCAAUUUUUAGCUUAGGUUUCUCUGUCUCUUUCUACCGAGACGCCCACUUCUAACUCUGUCUGAGAUUGAAUUAUUUUGGUGAGGACUGAUUAAGAAUACGUUUUAUUUGUGGGGAGGGAAGGCUUCAUUCAGCUCAGCACUGUAAUAAUCUUGAGAACGAAAACAUCUAUUAAAAAGUUAUACCCAUGCUUUCCAUUACUUAUUUAACGAAUUCAGUAUAGCACUGCAAGUAGUAACAGCCUUCCCCAACCAACAUUGAAUGCAUACUUACUUAAUCUACAUUCAUUUUAAGAAAGCGGUAAAUUGUGUAAGAUAGCACAUUAGCAAUUUAUAGCAUUGCAGGAUAAACAAGGCAUGUUAAAAUGACAAAUGCAGCAGAAGGGCUGGAGGUCAUGUUUGCACCGCCAAGAUUCACUUUGACGUCUGGGUACGUGGUGGUUUGUGAUCGUGCUCCGAUGAAACCAGGUCUUAAAAUGGCUUCCCGGGAGCAGCACCAAUAAAGUGAAAGAAGACAUUCUUUGAAUGUGUGUGCACUUUCUCUUCCUUGAUAUAUUUAUAUUUUUUUUUAUGCAGGGAGUGAAGUAUCUGUGCAUUCCUGCUGCAGAUUCGCCCUCACAGAAUUUGUAAGUAUUUUUUUUAAAAAAUGGCAACACUAGACAAGUGAACAGUAGACCCGGUACUGUUUGAUAUGGAAUGCCUCCCUCUUGGAUAUGUAAAUAUCUUUGACUUCUUAACGACUCCAUUUUCCUUUUUAUUUUUACAUGCAACAGGUGGCAGUAUUCUGUGCUAAUCCUACACAGAAUAGUUCCUCUUAAGUUAAUGGGCUGGUUUGUGUCCCUUCAUUUCGUUGGCUCUACUCUGUGUAGAAGUUUGCUGGAUACAGCCCUAUGUCUGAAAGCCCUGUUACUGGUGAGAGAUAGGUGUAAUGGUAGACUCUUUGACUCGGGAGAUCUGGGUUCAAAUGCCUAUCUGUGCCAUGAGGUUUCCUAGGUAGCUUUGAGCAAGUUGAUGUCUCCUUAUCUGCCAUAUUUCAAAAACACAAAAGUUGUUGAGCUUUUUAAAAUUUUUGCCCAAAAUCUCAAAAAAGAAAAGAAGUUUUGAGCUAUUUUUAAGGAAACUUGCCAAAAUCUACACUUCCGACACGUGUUGCUGGAUUUUCCUGGAAUUUCAGCGAUUUCCCCCCGAACGCUGUUUACGAGAGCCGAAUCCUGGCUGUGUCCGGGAAAUUCCAGAUGUAUGGCAGCCCUAAGGUUGUUGGGAGGAUAAAAGGAAUCAGUUCUCCUGGAAGAGUUAUGCCAGGAUAGAAAAGUGGUAGAUAAUGGGAAUCAGAAACAUGGUGUCUGUGAGCCUGGCUACAGUCUCCUAAAACAGGUCUGUACAACUGGAGAUGCACCAAGCCAAAUGCAGCCAAAUGUUCUAAAAACCCCUUUCUUUCUUUUGUUGCCUCCUACCUAGAAAUGCAAGAAUUGGGAUGGGGAGGAGAGGAGAGAUUGCCAUGCACCUCGCAGGCCACAAUAGCUGGCUGGGGGAGCUGCAUUUGAGUUGCCAGUUCUCAGGUUGGGUUGACCUGUCAGGUUUCUCCACCCAUAUUGUUUCGAUGCAAAGGGGCUUUGGGCUACCUUGACUCUGAAGAGUACAGUGGUACCUCAGGUUACAUACGCUUCAGGUUACAGACGCUUCAAGUUACAGACUCCGCUAACCCGGAAGUAGCACCUUGGGUUAAGAACUUUACCUCAGGAUGAGAACAGAAAUGGUGCAGCGGCAGCGGGAGGUCCCAUUAGCCAAAGUGGUGCUUCAGGUUAAGAACAGUUUCAGGUUAAGAACAGACCUCCAGAACGAAUUAAGUUCUUAACCCGAGGUAUCCCUGUAAUUGCAUCAACUUUACAAGAACACUUGGAUAGGAACCAAGUUUUUCUUCUCGUCUUCACUGUUUAUGUGUAUGAGAGGUGAGGAGGGAGGGGGGUUUCAGCCACUUCCUGAUAAUUUGUUUUAUAGAGAAACAAAAGUAGUUUCAAAGGGCCUGCCUGGUGCCUACGGAAGGAAAUGCAGCACUGCCUUUUUCUCUCUCAGAUCAAAGCCUUUGGCCUGAUGCUUUCGAGAGAUAUUUUUAGUAGAUUUGCUUCUCUCAUGCAACAGAGAGAUCCCAAAUAUCUUGAAAAACGAGUUGAUUGAUUAUUUCAGUUCAUGUUGGGAAUACUGAUCUGGGGAGCAAUAUUUGAGCACCUUUUCUCUUUCCAUGGUGCUGUUGCAUAUAUAGUUCCAUGUAUGCCCAUAGAGCCUCACAGAGUUGUAACAGUAUUGAGAGAGGCUGAAAUUGACACUCCCUAUAUUUGCUGAUCUGAAGAUACAGUGCCAUACUCUGCUGGUGCUUGGCACAUGGAAUAUUUUCAUCUGUGUUUACUGGUGUUCCCAAGAGUUCUAAUGUGGCUUAGGGAAUUGGAUCAGGCCAGCAGACCACAUCCUCUGUCCCCUAAAUCUAUCCCCCACCUCGGGCUAAAUAUAACAGGGUGGCAUGAACGCCUCUUGUUCAGUCACUUGGCAUUACAAUGAGUGAUGAAGCGCUUUAGAGUCCCGACAAUCAGCUGCUCACUGGGACGUCAAAGCACCAUGCUGGGUUCUUUGCAAAGGAAGUUGGCUGUUCCUGGUGACCAGGCUCUUAGUUGGAAGGAUAUUCCUCUUGGGUUAUCUCUGUGUUAAGCCUUUGUGCAGUUCCUCUUGGGUCAUCUGUAUGUUAGACUUGUUAAGACUUUUUAUCUAUUAGUUAAGAGACUUAAAAUAAUAAUAACUGGGAGCAAAAAAUGAGAUGUGACAUUUUUGUACCAUUGGAAGAGUUUCCAGCUAUAGAUUCAAUGAAUUCAGGUGCAUUUGGAUGUCUUGAAAAGCUACCACCCUGAAGUGAAUUAUGUGGCCACCCCCCCCCCCCCGGUGAAUCAAAAUGUUGGAAGGUUGUGAGUCUAAGCCAUGGGUAGGCAAACUAAGGCCCGGGGGCCAGAUCCGGCCCAUGGACGGUCUGGGAAUCAGUGUGUUUUUACCUGAGUAGAAAGUGUCCUUUUAUUUAAAAUGCAUCUCUGGGUUAUUUGUGGGGCCUGCCUGGUGUUUUUACAUGAGUAGAAUGUGUCCUUUUAUUUAAAAUGCAUCUCUGGGUUAUUUGUGGGGCAUAGGAAUUCGUUCUUCUUUUUUUCAAAAUAUAGUCCGGCCCCCCACAAGGUCUGAGGGACAGUGGACUGGCCUCCUGAAAAAGUUUGCUGACCCCUGGUCUAAGGGCCUUUCCAAACUUACCAUUUAUAGUGAUAUAGUUGCUGGUUUUUUUGUUUUUUUAAAAAAUGGCAUGGUUCCAGAACAAUAUACUCCAAAAAUCCAUUUCUUUCUCUUGCAAUAAAAUAAAAUAAAAUAAAUAUCAAACUUUUGGGAGAGAUCUGGAAUAGUAAUAGUAAUUUAUUAUUUGUACCCCACCCAUCUGGUUGGGUUUCCCCAGCCACUCUGGGCGACUUCCAAUGAAGAUUAAAAAUACAUUAAAAUGCCACACAUUAAAAACUUCCCUGAACAGGGCUGCCUUCAGAUGUCUUCUAAAUGUCAGGUAGUUGUUUAUUUCUUUGACAUCUGAUGGGAGGGCGUUCCACAAGGCAGGCACCACUACCGAGAAGGCCCUCUGCCUGGUUCCCUGUAGCUUAGCUUUUCGCAGUGAGGGAACCUCGCUGUUUCCAUUUGUGUGGCAUGUGCCAAUCAUGGUCCCAGUUUCUGUGCAGGAGGGGUUGUUGGGUGUGGUUUAGGAGACUCUUGUCUUGCACCCCUUCCCCUUUGACCUGUGCAAGUGGUCUGUGAUCUCAGCUCAAAGAAAAGAGAUGGCAGAGAGAGAGAGAGAGAGAGAGAGAGAGAGAGAUGAUGGUCCUGACUCAAAGACCUGCCCACGACAGCAGUCAUUAGCUGCAGACAAAAUUUCAUCACAGUAGCCAGGUUUUCCAUAGCUCAGGCACAAACGUGGUUCUUUUUCUAAUUUCCUGGUAUGCCCCGCAGAGGACCUUAAGGUCCAUGAAUAAUCAUAGAUUAGAGGUCUCGGGCCCUAAGGAAGUUAGAUUAUCUUCCACCAGGGCCAGGGCCUUCUCAGUGAUGGCUCCGACCUGGUAGAAUGCUCUGUCCCAUGAGACCAGGGCCCUGCAGGAUUUAACUUCCUUCUGCAGGGCCUGUAAGACAGAACUAUCCCACCUGGCUUUCAAUUUGAACCUGGCCUGAUCUUUUGUUCCCCUUCCUUCCCUCCCCCUCCCCUUUCUGUGAAGAUUGCCCACUCUGGGAUCCCACAGCUGGUUCUCCCCUGGUCUCCUCGCUGGCCCAAAUGGGACUAAUUUAGCCAGCUAGCCCUAGUGAUCAUCUAAUGUUUAUUGGAUGGAUUUCCCCCUUAAAUUGAUUUUUGAUUUUAUUGUUAUUUACGCUUUAUACCAUAUUUUAUGCUGGGUUUUUAUGUAGCAUCAAUUAAGUAUUUUUAACUUGUUGUUAGCCACCCUGAGCCUGGUUUCCUGAACCAGGAAGGGUGGGGUAUAAAUAAAAAAAUAUUAUUAUUAUGACAUACAGGGCUGUUGAGCAUUAAACAUAUAUACCCAAAGGAAGCAUGCUCCUAACUCCAAUGUGUACUGGGCUGGAGGAGAACAAGAGUACACAAGGGGAGUGACUAACGGACACGGAACAUUUCUCAACUUGGGCACAACCCGCCAUUAGUGUGGAAAGGAAAACCCCACACUCGCAGUCUAAUAAUGGCAAUGUGUGACCAAAAGUGCAGCCGGGGCAGCUACAAAUUCACUCUUGAAAACGUUGGAUCAAACAGCUGCCAGACCACUAUAAAUGGUGAGCGUGGAAAAGCCCCCACUGUGAUCCCUGUUUCCUAAUGAGUCGCGCUUCCGGCCUGCUGAACUGGUUGUUGAACGAGCUACCAGCAUGCAGCUCUUUCCCAGAAACCAGAUGUGCACUUGGCACUGUCGCUGGGUGAAAGGGCAAGAUGGGGACAUGGGAGCUGCCUUCUUGCAAGGCAGACUGUUAAGUCCAUCUAGGCCAGGAUUAUCGAUGCUGACUGGCAAUGGCUCACCAGUUUUCAAAGAGGAAUCCCUCAGCAGAACCUGGUACCUUCUGCAUGCAAAACAUGAACCUAACCGCUGAGAUACAGGCUUCCCCUCCUGGCUGUUCGGUUCAGUGACUUCCCUUGAGACACUGUGCCGCUCACUGUGGUUACCGCGACUAUACUAGUAGAUGCCUUUGCGUAUGUGUGAUCUGGUAGCUUUCCCAAUUUAAGUAACCAAGCCCCAGAUCUCCUGUGCUCUGGAUUUCCCUGGGCCUUCCAUUUAUUCCCCUGUGGCUCUCGCGUUGCCUCGGGUGGGCCACAGGGGCGGUUGCCCCGGGCACGACAUUGUUAGGAUGUGUGAGAUUUCAACACCCAGUGCUGCCUCAAUAUAGUUGGGCUUCAUUGAAAACGAACCGGGAAGUGACCUCUCUCUGGACAACGUAAUGACUCUUCUUUUAUUAUCUCUGUGGCUGCAAUCUCCUGGGUGACAUGGACACCCUUAGGCCGUUGAAUAUGCAUGUGUACGCCUUGCAUCUCCCUCCCAGCCACCCCUUCCGAGUGGCCCUGGGCACUGGCAAGCCACGCUACGCCAUUAGGAAGGGCCCAAGCAUCUAGUGGCGCUACAAAAUGGCAAGAGUGAGAAGAUGGGUUCUUGAUAGCUGUAAGACCUGUUGCAGCAGUAAGAACAAAUGCAAAGAGCCCUGCUGGGUCAGCCCCAAAGGCCCAUGUAGUUUAGCAUCCUGUUCUCUCAGUGGCCAACUGUAUGCCCAUGGGAAGCCAGUCAGCAGGACCUGAUUGCUACACCACUCUCUCCACCGGUGAUUUCCAGCAAGUGGUAGUCAAAGGCAUAGUACAGGCACAAGCAAACUUGGCCCUCCAUAUGUUUUGAGACUACAAUUCCCAUCAUCCCUGACCACUGGUCCUGUUACCUAGGGAUGAUGGGUUUUGUAGUCCCAAAACAUCUGGAGGGCCGAGUUUGCCUAUGCCUGGCAUAGUGCCUCCAAUAGUGAAGAUAGAACAUGCCUAUUGUGGCUAAUAGCCACUGAUAGACUUAUCCUCCAUGAUGUGUACCUUCUCUCAAGACAUUGUUGCCUAAGCUGAAGAUGAACCCCACAAAAGGGGUUGUAAUUUCCCAAGGCCGUGCUGCCAGAGCUGAAAGGCUUGGGGUGGGUGGGAAAACUCUAGCCUUGCAGAUGUAAGAAUUAGGAAGUUUACACUCUGAGAACGAUUGUGGGGAUUUCUUCUGUGUUGGGUACAAAUGUUUAUUUCAGACUGUGCUGUGGGUGGUGGUGAAGUGUCCCCAACCGUGGAGCAGCUGCUUCAAAUGAGCUACUGACACUAUACAGUGGUACCUCAGGUUACAUACGCUUCAGUUUACAUACGCUUCAGGUUACAGACUCCGCUAACCCAGAAAUAGUUCUUCAGGUUAAGAACUUUGCUUCAGGAUGAGAACAGAAAUUGUGCUCUGGUGGCGUGGCAGCAGCAGGAGGCCCCAUUAGCUAAAGUGGUGCUUCAGGUUAAGAACAGUUUCAGGUUAAGUAUGGACCUCUGGAACGAAUUAAGUACUUAACCCGAGGUACCACUGUAGUUACGGCUUGGGGAAGGGGAGGGGAGCACUAAAUUCUAAUACAGUGGUACCUCGGGUUACAUACGCUUCAGGUUACAUACACUUCAGGUUACAGACUCUGCUAACCCAGAAGCAGUGCUUCAGGUUAAGAACUUUUCUUCAGGAUGAGAACAGAAAUCGUGCUCCUGUGGCGCGGCAGCAGCAGGAGGCCCCAUUAGCUAAAGUGGUGCUUCAGGUUAAGAACAGUUUCAGUUUAAGUACGGACCUCCGGAACAAAUUAAGUACUUAACCCAAGGUACCACUGUAUUUUAUCACCCAUUAUCCCACCCAUCCUUACAACAGCUGUAUAAAUAGACUAGAACACCAUGUUGAGGUCCUUGGAAGACAAAGGUGGUAUAUAAAUGUAAUAAAUAAAUGAAAUAUCUCUUUAUUACAGUUGACAGCUGUGGCUGUAGCUUGCCUAAGGUUACCCAUAGGCUUCAUGGCUGGGCUGAGAUUAGAUCAAGCCAAGGAGUUGUGACUUGGACCAAGGAGUCCUGGUACACAGAGUGUGCUGCUAACCACUGAGCUGCUUGGUGUUAUUCAUACAUCUGGACCACACUGUGUGUGCGUACAGCCACAAGUCACCACCCAAUUUACUGGCUGCAAAAAGUGGGAGGCCGGGGAAUUUGGGAAGAAGAAAUGAGGGUGGAGGAUGCUCGCUACCUCAGUCUCCUUGUGAUAAUCACCGGCAAGGUAGCCAUCAAACAUGCAGAGUUUGAGAUGGCACUACAUUUAUAAAAACGUAAGAAAACAUUACACAUUAAAAAGCUUCCCUAUACAAGGCUGCCUUCAGAUAUCUUAUAAAGGUUAUAUAGUUACUCAUCUCCUUGACAUCUGAUGUGAGGGUGUUUCGCAGGGUGGGUGUCACUACUGAGAAGGCCCUUUGCCUGUUUCCCUGUAGCCACUGGCAGAGGAAGAGGAGUGCGGGGGGAGCGCACCUCCCCCAGCAGCACGAUCCCCAGGGUGACAUUGCGGCUGCCCCCCCACCUGCACCGGGCGCCAUGCCCCUGGGACGUGCGCCAGCCCUGCCCCCACCUGCUCUCCGCCCGCAGUGCCGGAGCAUGAAGCUCCACCACUGCCUGUAGCUUCACUUCUUGCAGUGAGGGAACCACCAGAAGGCCCUCGGAGCUAGAGCUCAGUGUUUGGGCUGAGCGAUGGGGGUAGGGACGCUCCUUCAGUAACAAGGGGAAUGUCCUUCCCCGCCCAACGAAAAGAUGAAAAGCAAGAACAGGCCACAAAUCAAACCACGUCAAGUUCCACAUGCCUGGGAGAACAAGAAUGCCUUUGCCCUUCUCCCCAGCUUCUCCCCAGAAGCCCACUAAGCAGCUUCUCCCCAGAAACCCACUAAGUUGGUGUUACUCAGUAUGCUGCAGUUGCUAUCCAAAUAUUUGGCUGCAAAGGCAACCAUGUCACUCUAAAAGACAGCACUGGGCAAUACUGCAAACCACCUUCAGAAGGCAAAUCAGUGGGACAGAGGAAUAAGAAAUCCCUUAGGUUAACUGGGACUAAAUCAAGUCUACAUCUAAUUUUUAAGGGUCAGACACUUCAAAGAGAGCAUUGAAUUUAUCCACGAAUGCCGACUUGGAGGUCAGAGCUGCCUUGUUCACUGGUACGUAUUUCAUUUAAGACUAUUCUACAUUUGAUUAUUCCUGGUUUCAUGCUCACUGGUCUGUUUUCAGGCUCCCCUCCUUAGGUUCUCCCCUGUGAAGAUAUUUUGUAGUCCUGUAACCCUUUGGGUUCCCUCUGCUGAUACAUUUGGUGUGUGAAUAGUGUGUCUUGGCUGCGUAAGGAUCCACACGCAGCUCUGAAUUUCAGAAAAGGCGAAAUAAUUUGAGACCACCGUUGUGGUGGUGGGGAGGGGAGGAGUAUUUUGGGGACAGGGUUUCAACAACAGUAGCUUCUAUGAUCUUUCAGUUUGGCAAAGGUAGCUUUUCCACUGAAUGAAGCUGGAGUAGAGCUGGGCCUGUACAGAUCACGACAGAGGGAGGCUGGCCAAGCCCCAUGAGCCUGAUGCUUAGCCAAAUGGGAAUCUUCUCAGUGCAUCGGCCUCUGCUUGACUUCAAAACAGUGUUCUGGGAUGAGCACAGGGCAGGGAAGAGAUAAUUUGUGCCCCAUUAGAUUACCAUGCAGUCUGGCAGGAUGCACCCUUUUUGCUUCUCAGCCUUUCCAGUCUCAGUCAUGAUCUUGCCUUCCGCUCCCGAAGAUUGGGGGAAGCAAAUGCGUCUCUGAAGCAUUGCCGCUUCCCCCUGUUGCUUAUUGUACUGGAGAGAGGCAAUGCGCCCACUUUGGUCAUUUCUUCCAUGGGUCCAGAAAAAAAUGUGGCAUUGAGAGCCAGGCUAUGCUCCCAAUGUUGCUGAAGCCUGACUGUGCGCAUGCAUGUGAUACCACGUUCCAGCUGUGCAUUGUUCCAAGUUGCACGGAGCAUCUAUGCUGCUGAAGCCAUGAAGUUGCCCAUUUUAGGUUGCCUGCUGGUGCAAUGUCUUUAGAAAUAAGGUUCAUUGAGGGCAGGGCAUCUUUACCAAACUACAAUUCCCAGAAUUCUUAGCGGGAACUUGUGCCCACUGAACUGGUAUAAGCUUGUGGUGCAUUCCUGUAACGUUUUCCGUAAACACUCGUCUUUUUGAACAUUGCCAUCAUGUUCAGGACUGCACUGCUUUGGGAAGUAUGCCUUGCUUUGAAACUUGAAAUUUAUACACUUGCCGAAUGAGAAUCAUCAUUAUUUUGCAUGGUUUGUUUGGUGUUUUUUUAAAAAAAGAAAAACAUGCUUUCUGUCAAACCUAAUGUCCAUGAUGCGCUUUCAGCUUACUAUAACCUCUGUGUAUCUACUUGUCCACGCCUGCUUGGCAAUUCAGCCUUGCCGGCGUUUCCAGGAGUGCCACCUUGGUUGUGGCCUACAUAAUGACCAUCACUGAUCUCGGCUGGGAGGACGCGCUGUCGGUAGUGCGAGCGUCGAGAUCGUGCGCCAACCCGAACGCGGGCUUCCAACGGCAGCUGGAAGAGUUUGAGAAAACUGAGCUUGCUCACGUAAGUACGUAAGGACUCCACGCGAGAAUCAAGGUUGGGGAACUUCUCUUAACCUGAGGAUCACGCUCCGUCUCUUGGUAGCCUUCUGGGGCCACUUGCCAACAGUGGGUGGGGCCAGAGCAAGACAUUUAGCAGCAGUUUGGCUGCAGGAGUUGCUGGAAGGAGGCAUACAAGGCCUCAUCCUACCAUCUUAGGGACUCCACUCUGGGUUUACUCCUUAGCCAUUUCCCGAAGAUAUCCUGCAAGGCAGAGGAUGGAGGAUCAGAGUUUACCUUCUCCUAGAUGGGCUACCUUCCCAGGUUGAUGAGCCCCAUCUGCCCCUCACUUCCCUCUACAGCAGCCUUUCUCAACCUGUGGGUCCCCAGGUGUUGUUUGACUACAACUCCCAUCACCUCUCGCUAGCAAGGCCAGAGCUCAGGGAUGAUGGGAGUUGUAGUCCAACAACAUCUGGGGACCUACAGGUUGAGACCCACUGCUCUACAGCAUGUGCAGAAAGUGCCCGCCUGACCAUUGGACCCACUAUUCGUCUCAUCCACUCUAUCUGCCAGAGUCUGUCUUUGCAUGCAGAGGAAGUCCCAAACCUGCCAAGCAUUUGAGACCCACCGGCUACCCUCACCUGGCCAAUCAAAACCAUUCCUUGGGGUGUGGCUGCUGUCGCAUGCUGGCAGCUGCUAGGAGCCACAGGUGAGAGUUGAGCGCAGGGUGCGGACUACCCCAGAAGAAUGGCAAUGUGUAUUAGUUCACUUCACAGUGUGGUAAGUCUUUCCUCCUGUGUUUGGGGGCCAUUCUGCUGAGUGGGGCUGUGGACCUCUGCCCCCAAGGCCUCCCUGGAUGGCAGCAUGGAUCUGACAUGUCAAAUGUCCUCUAAUAUAUGAUGCAUUCGUUAGUACAUUUUGGGCAGCUCAGUGCAUUUGUAAAGUCUGUUUAGUCCCUUACCUUUUAAAGGAGAGGCAAACUGGCUUUGUUAGAGCAUGCUUGGUAGCUCUGAAUCGGCUGCUGCAUAUAACACGAAUGUAUUAUUCAGCUCUGAAUAUUUGUUUCAUCUCAAAGGCUUACCAUUCCCAAGCUAUGGAGGAGUAGAGUCCAUGGAAAUAAACUGACUUUACAUCACAGAGGGACUUUCCAGCCUGGUUGUCUCCCUCCUUAAUUUGAACCCUCACAGUCAUUUCUGAUCUGAUAAAGUUUUGACUUGAAAUGAUGGAUUGUCCUUGCAUUAUGCAAAUGGUGUUUAGGAAGAUCAUAGCAUGUAUUUGGGUUCGUGCUGUCCCCCCCCCUUUCCUUUCCCCCCCAAUUCCAUGUAGGAGAAGAGUCUGCAGCUUUCAUAGAAAAGCACAUGCUAUCUUGCGAAAAUAUAUUCCUACAAAUAGGGGCUGCUCCAUCCAUCUUGCCCAUAUGGCAGGGGUGACAUGUCCACCUGCCAGCAUAUAUAUAUAUAUAGCGAAUGUGAAAACCUGUCUGGGCCAAAAGUGGGGUGGCAGGUGGAUCAGUUCCCAGUACAGUGGUACCUCGGGUUACAUACGCUUCAGGUUACGGACUCCGCUAACCCAGAAAUAGUACCUCGGGUUAAGAACUUUGCUUCAGGAUGAGAACAGAAAUCGUGCUCUGGCGGCGCGGCGGCAGCAGGAGGCUCCAUUAGCUAAAGGGGUGCUUCAGGUUAAGAACAGUUUCAGGUUAAGAACAGACCUCCGGAACGAAUUAAGUACUUAACCCGAGGUACCACUGUAUAGCACUUUCAGAGGCUCUCAAGUCAAGACUAAACAAUCAUCUGAUUGGUGAAUCUUGCUGAGCCUCUUUGAAAACGCCAUCUUGUGGAACACAUUGCUUCCCCUGAUGUCAUUGGAACAUCGGGCGAUUGGCAGGUGGGUAGCCCUGCCUACCUGUCAAACAUGGCCUGCGAAGGUUAGGGGAAAUAACCUGGCUUGCAGACCAGAUCGUGUUCCUCAUCCCUGCUAUAUAUGUAUGCAGUGCUUUUUUCUGGGGGGACGCAUACCCCUAAACAUUUUGUGAAUCUAAGUUCGGCCUCAUUGAGGGGCAGUAUUUCAAUAUGAGUAGGAAAAUGAGACUACCCCUAAACAUUUUUUAAGAAAAAAAGCACUGUGUGUAUGGGAUCUGUACAUUUCUCCCUAUGAAUCGGGGGUGCCAACUGAAAUCAAAUAUUGGGAUGGGGAGGUAAGCCCCACCCCACAUAAUCACAUGACAUGACGGUUGCACAUGACAUGACACUUGAUGGGCAAUGCCCAUCAACUUUGCGGUGGGACCCUCCAAUACUUUAUCGGGUGGACUUUUGCCCCUAGGAGUUGGCUCCUAUGCUCUGUGUUAUCUGUUGCCAAGAAAUGGGCAGUUUUGAUGUUGACUGCUAACAGCAUGGAGCUCUUAGCAAUGAAUCCUUCUCAGCUCAGUGGGUCUCUAUAGUAAGUGUGCAUUGCAGCCCUGAUCCCUGCGUUUCCCUGCCCCUUCAAGUCAUGUGACACCUCAGAAUAAUGUAGCUGCCAAGGAUAGAUGAGAUGCAAUCCAUCUCUCCUCUUCACCUAGUGCAGUCUGAGGCAUUUAACGUUCGUUUUGCUUUAAGGAUGGUCGUGCUCAGAGUAGCCAAUAUGGCUGCCUCCAACUCUUGUUGGACUCCCAAUUCCCAUCAGCCCCAGAUAUCAUGACCAGGAGUCAGGCAUGAUGGGAGCUGGCUCUCAGUAACAUCUGGAAUGAGAUCCCAACAGUUAGAGCCAGGGAAAUAAAUUGACUUAAAUUCAUUCAUUUAAUUCUACCUCCCUCCGUUAGUUACCCAUUAGGGUAAGCGCUGCUUUUCUCUGCUACAUGAGCCUUUUCAAAGGAGCAGAAAAAGAAACCUCCUUUGGCUAAGGUUAUUUCUCUCUCUCAGCUAUGUUUAGCCAUUUCACAAAUAUUUUUAAUAUGAUUUCCCCCCCCCCCCUUUCAAAGGAUGCCGGCUGUCCUUUCCUGGUCCCCCAAGGGAAACUAUUUCCUGUUUGUUUUAUUUAAAGACCACAUUACUGCCAGGCUUGUAUCCACCUCCCACAACCAGAAAACUGCUGCUGCUGCUACUACUGGGUUGGCUAUCCUAGUAUGAGAAUAGUUGGGGAGAGAUGCUGCUGCCUUCAUCCUUUAUGCACCUUCAUAGUUGGCACUCCUGUCAUUUAUAUAUUCCCUUUCUAUUCAAUGUACAGUGGUGCCCCGCAAGAUGAAUGCCUCGCAAGACGAAAAACUCGCUAGACGAAAGAGUUUUCCGUUUUUUGAGUCGUUCCGUAAGACGAAUUUCCCUAUGGGCUUGCUUCGCAAGACGAAACGUCUUGCGAGUUCUUGCGAGUUUGUUUCCUUUUUCUUAAAGCCGCUAAGCCGCUAAUAGCCGCUAAGCCGCUAAUAGCCGUGCUUCGCAAGACGAAAAAACCGCAAGACGAAGAGACUCGCGGAACGGAUUAAUUUCGUCUUGCGAGGCACCACUGUAUAAAUAUUAUAAGCUGCUGCAAUCCUAAACACACUUGUUGGGCAGGCAUCCCCAACCUGCGGCCCUCCAGAUGUUUUGGCCUACAACUCCCAUGAUCCCUAGCUAACAGGACCAGUGGUCAGAGAUGAUGGGAAUUGUAGUCCAAAACAUUUGGAGGGCCGAAGGUUGGGGAUGCCUGUGCUAGGGAGUGAGCCACACUGAACUAGGAAGCUCUUGAUACCAAGCUAGACUGCUAAUCCAUCUAGUCAGUACUUUUUUCGGGGGGGGAGGGGGGGAAUUCACCACAAAGUUUGUUUGUUUGUUUGUUUAUUUAUUGUGGGCCAAAGUCACAGUGCCACAGCCCCACCCCACCCUGGCAGUGGCUAAAUGUAAGAUGUGAUUAAUAAACUCAAGCAGACAAUGAUCUGAAUUAGAAAUGGCCACAGCUUUAUUGAUUACAGAUAGAGGUGGAAUUCUGGCUCAGGCAUUGGGUGUGUAUCUGUUCCAGACUCCUCCCCCCCCCAACAAACAAAAAACUAAUUUUUAAUAGGUAAGGGAACACAGUUCUGCCAAGUUCCUGCUAUAUAAAAAAAGCCCUGCUUCUAUCAACUUUAUCGACAGUGAUGGAGAGCAGCUCUUCAGGAUUUCAGAUGGAAAUUUUCCCCAUCGCUUCAGGAAGACACCAGGGAUUGAAUCUGGGACUUUUUGCAUGCAGAGUAUAUGUUCUGCCACUGCACCCAUCAUUCCUCUUAGUUAGUGGGGGUUUCUCACUUAAGUAUGCCUAGAUUGCACUGAACUGUGAGUGGUGCAUAGUACACUUUAGCUUGUGCAUGGGCUGUUGUUGCACACAUGUCAUUAUCUUUUCUAAAACAAGCAUUCUUUGGGUCAAACCUAUCCAUUCUGAAGGAAAUCAGCCCUGAGUGCUCACUGGAAGGACAGAUCCUGAAGCUGAGGCUCCAAUACUUUGGCCACCUCAUGAGAAGAGAAGACUCCCUGGAAAAGACCCUGAUGUUGGGAAAGAUGGAGGCCACAAGGAGAAGGGGACGACAGAGGACGAGAUGGUUGGACAGUGUUCUCGAAGCUACAAACAUGAGUUUGACCAAACUGCAGGAGGCAGUGGAAGACAGGAGUGCCUGGCGUGCUCUGGUCCAUGGGGUCACGAAGAGUCGGACACGACUAAACAACUAAACAACAACCACGAAACAAGCACUGGCCUGAUUCUGCAGACUCUACUUGUUUUCUCUUCUUUUUAAGAAGGGCAGAUGGGUUCAAAAACCUUUGUUUGGGGGUGGGGGUUGGCCCAGCUUAGCUUGUGUGAGCAGAAUUGGUCAAGGGGACAGCUCCAGAUGGGUUGAAAUGGGUGACAGGCAGCCAAGAGGAGGAGCCAGGAGACCUAUCGAGGGGAACCACAGACAUACGUUGGUAGCAGUAGCCAGAACAGGCCUACAUAAGGCUACCCAGUUAUAGACAACAGGAUGGCAGUACAAUAAGUAUUUAAUUCAAGCUUAUGCUGGCAGAAGAUGCAGCCAUAUAUUUGGAUAUACAGUGGUACUUUGGGUUACAGACGCUUCAGGUUACAGACUCCACUAACCCAGAAAUAAUACCUCGGGUUAAGAACUUUGCUUCAGGAUGAGAACAGAAAUCGCGUGGUGGCAGCAGUGGGAGGCCCCAUUACCUAAAGUGGUACCUCAGGUUAAGAACAGUUUCAGGUUAAGAACGGACCUCCAGAACAAAUUAAGUUCUUAACCUGAGGUACUACUGUAUUUGAAACCUGUGUAACACUACCAAACACAGGCGCCGAGUUGCGCCCGACAUUGGGGAGGCUAACGUUGCACAUAUUGCAUGUCACGUGCGUGGUGAAUGUUGCAGGCUGAUUGGGCCUCCUCCCAAUGUAACAUUCGCCCACCAGCCUGCGCUGGUCCGUGUGGCGUCUCCCAACGCUGUGCAGCAUGGGGCGGAUUCCUGCCAGGCCACGCUACGUUUCCCGGGGUAACAUGUUGCCAGGCCUGCUCUGCCCCCUCUCUAAAUUGUGGGUGCUGAGCUCCAUCCUAGUGGACAUUAAGGUGGCUGUAGAGGCCUCAGCCCGAAAUAAAGUAUUUUCAAAUACAGUGGUACCUCGGGUUCCAUACACUUCAGGUUACAUACGCUUCAGGUUACACACUCCGCUAACCCAGAAAUAGUGCUUCAGGUUAAGAACUUUGCUUCAGGAUAAGAACAGAAAUCAUGCUGUGGCGGUGCGGCGGCAGCAGGAGGCCCCAUUAGCUAAAGUGGUGCUUCAUGUUAAGAACAGCUUCAGGUUAAGAACGGACCCCCGGAACAAAUUAAGUACUUAACCCAAGGUAGCACUGUAAACCUUUAAAAUGUUGGGGAUGAUCAGGGCUUUAUUUCAGCUGGAACUCGCUUGACCACAGUUCCUGCACCUCUCUGACGGGUGCCAUUGACAUUAUAAGGAAACAAGGGAGGCGUUCAUGGUGCGUUCUGGCACCUCUUUUUCUAGAAAAAUAGCACUGGGGCAAUGUAAACUUGCGUCAGAUAACCACGAAUUGUACUUAGAUUUCUUUCUGAAAACAGCCUCUGGUAGUUCCGGGAAAGAUCUCUCCCCAAACUUUUGACCUUUCGAAUAGCAUCUAAUGUCAUAUUACAUCUUUGCAUAGCCUAGGUAUACCAUUUUUGCCACAUGUCAGACAGACAGACAGACGCUCCAUAAUGCUUUUGUGUAAGGGGGGGGGGGAAGGCUUGCAUUAAAAAAGGACUGAGAGGUGGAUUUUUUUUUGCAUAGAUUCAAAUCAACUAGAUAAAAAUCAUAUUUUAUUCAAAUUCCAAUUACCUAGAUUAAAAUCGCUUAGGUAUAUAGUGGUUUUUAAAAAGAAUUCUGUAUUGACGAUCCAGUUUUGAAUGCAAAUUUUCAGUUCGCUUCUUUCCCAGAAGAGCUAAAGCAAACUUCCACCUCCACAUUUAUUUUUUCACAGGACAAGAUGCCUCCAUUUUAAGUGCUGCUUCCCAUAUUGUUCUUUUUAUACCCUUUAAAUAUUUUUCUAGUAUAGGUUCUUGUAUUUUAAAGAGUGGUUUUUUAUGUUUUCAAAGUGCCUCCUGAUUAAUUGAAGGCCUAUUUAGCCAAUCAUAACUUUUUUUUAUUAAAAAAAAAGAACCAUCCAAUGGCAGGGGGACAUUUGACCCAAGUCCCUGCUUGAUACAGGAAAUGCAGAGCUAGGAUGUGUUCACCUUACUGUUUCCUCCACACCCUCUGCUCGUUUUUGAAGCUGCACUAAUGUGACAUUAGCCAAAAUCUAUAUUGAUCCACGGGUUCCUACAAAAAUACUGAUUUUCGGUGUGUGUGUUUCACCCCUCAAACCAGCUUCAAUCCAAUUAGAAAGCAUUGCCAACAAAGUUCCGUAUAGUUAAAGCUAUGGUUUUCCCAGUAGUGAUGUAUGGAAAUGAGCUGGACCAUAAAGAAGGCUCAUCGCCGAAGAACUGAUGCUUUUGAAUUAUUGUGCUGGAGGAGAAUCUUGAGAGUCCCAUGGACUGCAAAAAGAUCAAACCGAUCCAUUCUGAAGGAAAUCAACCCUGAGUGCUCACUGGAAGGACAGAUCCUGAAGCUGAGGCUCCAAUACUUGGGCCACCUCAUGAGAAGAGAAGACUCCCUGGAAAAGACCCUGAUGUUGGGAAAAAUUGAGGGCACAAGGAGAAGAGGACGACAGAGGACGAGAUGGUUGGAUAGUGUUCUCGAAGCUACAAACAUGAGUUUGACCAAACUGCGGGAGGCAGUGGAAGACAGGAGUGCCUGGCGUGCUCUGGUCCAUGGGGUCACGAAGAGUCGGAUACAACUAAAUGACUAAACAACAACACGUGUUGUCCCACCACUGGUUUUUGAAGCUGUGUACGCACAACUGUAAGCCACAACCCACACAUAUCCUGUAGCAACAUGAGUUUGACCAAACUGUGGGAGGCAGUGCUCUGGUCCAUGGGGUCACGAAGAGUCGGACACGACUAAACAACAACAACAAUUGGUUCCACAGUUCACCUGUACACAGUGGUGUGUCAUAGGCAGGGCAAGGGGGGCCGUUGCUAGGGCGUAGGUUUGUGGAUUUUUUUGAGGGUGCAUUUUGCUCCUCAUGCCACCCUUGCUAGCACUGCGCUACUUUAUGAGUCUGAUCACUCAUCCCAGCCUCUCAAAGCAGCGUGGGGCUGGCAGGGCGUUAGAAGGAUGCAACAGGCAUGCGCCCUUAAAAUCAGCCCAAUCUGACUGAUUUUGUGGAUGCAGGCUUGCCCUUCUGCGUCCUCCUCAUGCCCUCCACAUACUCCCCCCGGUAUACCCUGCCCUCUAUCCCUCGGUGCCUUGAAGACACGCUCUGCCACUGCCUGUAUAUACCGCUAAGAAUUUUCUCUUAAUAGUCACCUGACAUCUUCCUUCCUAUAGCUUAAGUCUACUAGGCAGAACAGGGGUUCUGCCUAGUAGACAUUCGAUCAAGGGCCUUUCGAUCAAGGGCCAUAUCCACUUGGAGAGGAUCUGUCAGGGCACCACAUGUGAACAGUGGGUGGGGCAAGGGACAGGUGGGAGGGGCCAGAGCCAAAAGUGGGCAGGGCUACCCCUUUUCCUCGCUCUCUCUUUGAUGCUGCCUCCUCUUUCCUCCUCAUCCAACAGCGGAGGGAGGUAUUGCCCUUGCCAGAGGUCUGAAUGGCCACUCACAGAGGGCUUUUUGACAUUAGGCCGAGGGGUUCAUGAAACGAAGCUGAGGGCCACAUGCAUGCAGGGCCAGAUUUAGGUUUAAUGAGGCCCUAAGCUACUGGUAAUGGCGCCCUUUAUAUAUCCAGCUGUCCUUUGUCAACAACAAAUUGCCGCUGUUUUUUGUGUUGAAUAUAUGCUACAUGGUAAUUUAUGGACCCAAAGCCAUUUGCACAUGCAGAAUGUAGGCAUCCUGUACAUAGAAAUGAGCAAACCAGUGAUAUUUUUAGGGAGCAGGGUAGCGGGCGGGGCCCAUUACUUACAUCAUAGGAGCCUACACAUCACAAAACACUGUUGCUGUAUGUAGGUUUUAUUUUAUUUGUUUUUUAUCUUAUAUUUUGGAAAUGUACAUCCAGGUUUUUUUGCCUUUAAAUUUUUUGGGGGCCUCCAAGAGAGUGGGGUCCUAAGCUAUAGCUUGUUUAGCUUAUACACAAAUCCGGCACUGCAUCCAUCCCUCCCUGAGAUCUGUAAUCAUUUCCAAGUCAGUUUUAAAACUACCUAAAACAUUUAAAGCCGCUCAAACCCUUUUUAUAUUAGGCUGUGUUUCAAUGUUUUUCUUUGCCUUUUCUUUGUUUCGUCCCUCCAGGUCAGAGAGUGGCUCAGGGCUGAGUAUGGAGAAAGCCCAUUGCAAGACAAGCAAGAAGCCCAAGAUCUUCUGCAAAAGUUCAAGGCGCAUGCAGCAGCAGCAGCAGCUCAGUCAAGUACUUCUGGAAGGCAGUGGAAUGACAGCUUUGCAUCGGUGGCCUCCUUGUCAAUGCCUGCUCCUCAGUAGCAGCAACUAAGACACUAAUGUGUUGCUUUUCCGUGGCUUCGUUUGGACAACAUGAUAAAUCAUCAUGGUGGGAAUGAGCCUAAGUAUGUCUGGGACUCACGCAUUUCCCCUCCUCUCCUCCCCGCACAACCACACAGAGAAUGGAGGUUUUAGAUUAACCACAGUUUCGCUUGUGUCUGAACCCUAAAUUGUGGCUCAUCAUAACUACGGUUUGUUGAAACAAGACAGCUUCAUAAACCAUGGCUUGACGUUGGAUUGUUUCAGAAAACCAUAGUUAAGAUUAACUAUGUCCAACUAUUGGCAUGGAUAUGCCCAAGUUUAGAGGACACAACAAAUGGUAGUUAAUCAAAAACAGAAGUAAAAAAACUUCUUGUGGAUGUGCUAGAGAGGGGAGGGAGGAAACACGUGAAGCCAAGGCCCUCCUAGACUCAUUUGCCUCACAAUAAACCGUAGUUUAAUCAUGGUGUCUGAAUGCAGCCAGUCACUAGACAGAGCACCUUUGAUGCCCUCCUGCACAUGCACAAAGAGGGCUUGUUUUGUAUGUGUUGGCUCCAUGAUGAGAUGUCUUACGUUUUCUUAGUAGGCACAUCUCUGAGAUAUGAGGAGCAGGACUCCAGAAUUCCCAACUUGGCACCACAUUCGCAGGUUGACAUUGGCUUCCAUUGUGUGGGCACCAAGCCCCACUUUCUCUCCCAGUGGCUGUGUAAAGAGGAUGCCACAUUCCAACUGUCGAGAUGCCAAAUUGUUUUCUAUGUAUCCCUCGCGUGUUCUUCAGGUUGUCUGUAUAACCAGGGUUUGGCACAGCUGCACUUUUCAAAGUUUCUGGUUCUUUCGGCACACAAUGCUCUAAAUAAGGGCAGUGCGUUUCACGGAGGCCUUUGUGCUCACCUUGAGCUCUGGUUUUGCUGCAGGAAGCCCCUUGGCUGAAGAGGCAAGCCAUUUUCCAAUGUAAAAAAACCAGCUGCCCUCUUCAGCGACAGGGAAAUGCUGCAGUCCCAUCAGGGGACAAAGCUCUGGCUGUGUGCAUGGUUGUCUCCUCUUGUGUAUAUCCCUUCUUAAAUUAUCUUGGAAUGUAUGGCUAAUAAAGUUAUAUAUUUUGCUCUAGAGUGAAGCGGAAGUAUCACAAAUAACCUCAUCAGUAUUUAUUGUCAUGGCUUUCACCUCAGAGAAGUUGUUCACUCAAAAUAUUUUUAUAUUUUGGAGGAGGGAUCUGAGAGUAUAUUGCAAGAUGUAUAUAUAGAGAGAAACUAAAGAUACAAUGGCUGUUGUGCUGAAUUAAAGUUCCAAAUGUUAUUCUCACAGUACUACUGAAAAAAGGUUUCUUGUAUAUUAGUCAGCUUGAUGGACUUCCAUCUUUAAUUGCCCUCCCCAAUGGCAUAUAUUCAAUAAAAGCUCCAGUCUUUUUCUAAAUAAAAAAAGCCAGUGUUACCUCAUUGCAUUUUUCUGGAUAAGAAUGACUGCGGUUGACAUCAGUUGUUGGUGAUGCCAUUGAAUGAUCAACCAACCUGAGUGUGUUAUGGAAUCUGGACAAACUCCCAGAAGACAAUCAGUUUUGUGAGCUGUGUCUUAUCUAUAGGGGAAACGAGCCAUCUGGAUUCAUCAUGGCGGUGAAAAAUGCCCCACUAAAGAAGUGGGGAACCCCCUCCCAAGAUUGUUAGGGCUAGAAUUUCUUUAAAACAUUGAAGAUCCAAUGCUUAGAAUACUGAUUGCCUGAAGCAGUGGUAGCAGGAGGAGUAAAAUCAAUGUCCUAUAGCCUGAUAGCAAUUUCAAGAGCACAAUGACACUAUGUGUUUAGGACAGGCCAUAGAAUCCUGGAGGUACCCCUAACAAACUUCAGUUCCCAUGAUUCUUUGGGGGAAGCCAUUGGCGUGGAUGUGCCCCAAUUCUUCAUAAGCCUGGAAAAGGGUGUGGUUGCCUAAAAUUCAGAAUCGGAGCACUCCGUAUGGCAACCUCUUGUUGCUGGUCACACUUUUAGCACUUUAGUACUCAAUGUGCUCUAAGUACUUUACCUUACAGCCACAGAACAAGGAAGGAUGAAUGCCAAACAAGGUAUUUUGUACUGUAUUGUAGAUGGGGAUUUUGUACUGUAUUGUAAUAGGGAGAAGAGAGUUUGGUUAAGACACACAAAGCAAGUUCACCCCCAUCCUGUCUUCAGCACCAACGAUGCUCAGAAUUCACUAUGUUACAAAAUAUAACC